CUUUCACACGUCUAUUGCUUUCAAUCUCUUUGUUCAAAGGAAGUCACCUUGUAUCUGCUGUAUCGGCGGCUAACAUGCAGCCUCAGAAGUGUAGUUUGGCAGAACGUGUGAUCCGUGGAGUUGUAGGGUUUAUGUGCACAAAGGGCAGGCUGUUUAAGGGUGGGAUUAGAGGUUCUCAAAAGGGUUCUUGGAUAAUGCUGUUUUCCACUGCGCUGGAAAUUAGACUGGGUGGAGGAACAUUGUGCUGGCAAACUUUUUUAUAAUAGACCAUUAUGAGCAGCUCUGUGGAAAUAUCACACCUUUUCACAUAAAUUGGAUAAUUACAAAAUUGCCUGCAUGAGCUGCAAGUUUCUGAAGCCAUUUAAUCUGGGCUGGUUUCUAUCUGAUGACUUUCAGUGGUUUAAAAUGAAACGUUUCAGUGUUUAAAGAUAAAUGCUUCGAAUCUGACUUUUGUACCUGCAGUUUGAGAUUCCCAAUCAUAAGCAGUUGGGUUUGUAUCAUAGACUGUAUAUAGAAUGGACGCCGUCUGCCUCCUCACUGGGUGAAGCCACUUCGAGAACAGCACCCUCUGGUGACGGGCUGCAGUAUAGGUCAUAAAUCCCGCCUCCGCCACUAAAGCUUAUGGAGCUUUGGACUCAGUGUUGGCAUGUAGUUACUGUCAGACUGGUUUGUACUCAAGUCCUCUUUUUUCUGUACAGCUUCAUUUUUUCAUGUUUUCUAUGAUUGACACUUGAUACAGCCUAUGGGGGUACAAGUACUUUCAGCCAGGGCCGGUUCUAGGAAUGCACAUAUGAGGGGGCAGUCAGAAAUAUGAGGACGGCUUUUUUAUUUAUUUUUAUUUUUUUAUCAUGUUUUUAACACUGUUAGUGUUUUCUUCACAGCAUGGGUUGUUAGCUGUGUGUCCAUCUCAAGUGGAUUGCACUCUGUCAGGCCUCUACCCUAAGACCUGUCCAACUUGGGUGUCCCACCUGAAGCUCCUGCUGGUAUAGCUCGUAGGGUCACUGAGCCACGCAAACCCCCUGAAAGUAAAAUAAAAUAUCUGUCAUCUUAGAUUUUAACAACCAACAACAUAAAAUUUAUCUUAACUGGAUGUCCUAAUUCUCAAAUACAUUUCAACCUAAAGGAAAUCAAUAUGUACAAAACUGAACAGUAGUCAUAUGAAAAGAAAUCACCAAGCAUCACAAGUUCUUAAACUAAUUUGUAAAACACAACAGAUAAAGGGCAGAACAUUUUAUAACUUUUUUCUUUAUUAGCUAAUAACUAAAAAAUAUCCCUUCUCACUGUACAACAACACUGAGCAUUUUCUCAAAGUUAUAAAACUACAUAACAUUUUUCUUUUUUCUUCUCUUUUGGGUUUUUUAUUUAUUUAUUAGCAACUUAGUAACUAAAAUCUCCUACUUAAACAAACAGUGCAAAGACUUGCAACAUGUAAAUCUAACAAAAAAUGAGAUUUAUUUAGCUGAUUACGCUUGUAGUUAAAGCUUUCUACCACCAGGGGGAGACUUUGCCCAUAAAAGUUAAAUCAUAAUGGGACCCGGGGCUUCCUAUUCAUAAAACUGAUGUAACACCUUUCAGUGUUUUAUUCCAUCUCUAAUGCGUGAUGUCUUUCCAACAGUAGCUAUUAUGUGUCUUUAAUUCGGAUGUAAAACGAGGUGAUUAGUUUUCAUUUUACUUCUACUCAAAUGAAAACAGCAUCAAACUGCUAAUCCACGGCGAUGUUCGUAAUAAUGGCGCAUGGUAAACACGAGAGUUAGUUGUAAUUUUGUAAUUUAGUGCAGUGAUUGAAUUAAAUCGUGAAAUCCUCAUUAGGGCGCAAUUAAUGAUCAUUAUCUCGACGUGGAGAUAAAUGGCUCAAUUAGCUGCGAGGCGUUUCCUACUGCAGCUUGUUAUCCCAUCUCCCCCCUCCAGUGGAAAAAUACAAUAAUCAAUGAGUUAUUGCGCCUCAAUAAACGACGCAGCGGUGAUUGCUGCGCCGUAAUUGGCUUUUUUUUUCGGAUAGUUCGGCGCAAGUUCUCCCUCCGUCUCGCGGUGACAUGGCCGAAAAGGAGCGCACGCACUCAGCAGAGCGUGAGUCGUGCUCGUGCCUCACUUUUGUCCUCGUUAUUUCCAGCGAGCGCGUGAGGGAGAGAGGAGAGAGGAGCGCGAGAUAGGUGUCUCCUGUCGACUUUGCAAAUCAAAACGCGCGUAUUUUUAUGUAGUUUGACCGAUUUACACAGAGAGGAGAGAGAAAAAAAGUGCCUAGAGAGAAAGAGAGAGAGAGAGAGAGAGAGAGAAAGAGAGUGAGAGAGAGAGAGAGAGAAGGGGGGAGGAAUUACCAAAACGCAACACGUAUCCGGUGGGAUCCCACUCCUGUGAGAGAGAGAAGCGGCAGGAGUUUGUGAGCGAAGGGUGCAAAGGAAAGGAGAAAGACGAGGACGAAGAAGAAGACGAGUGGGAAAAAAUAGUCAUUUCGCUCGUUACAACGCGUUUUUUCUUUCUGGGUUGAUAAAGAGGAAUAAUGAGGAACGUUUGGAUAAUCUUGACCCUCGCGCUGACCGUCUUCCUCUCCGGGGAAAGGGUAAGUUUUCUGGGGGAAAGCAAAACUUAGACGCUGUGGGGGGAGAAGAAGUUAGGUCCACGUAUGGUCCACCACGUCCAUGACAUUUUGUACCAACAGAAGAAACAUUAAAACCCUCAAACCGAGCGGUGACUGUUCGUCCAGGUACAUGACAGGCCCAUAGCUGCCACUUUGCACGAGUCUUAGCCUAUAGCAUUUCAAUCUAUAUCAUAAAAAUCCACCAAGAUUGGCAUGACUAGCUCAUAUAAUGUCAGCACAAGUCAAAUAACUCCUUUAGCUGUUUGCAAAUAGCUCUUAAACUCAGUUUUAACAACUUUCUGUCAUGAGAAUUGAGCAAAGAUCCAUAUUUUCUUUACAUUUAACCUCUAAAGGGACCUUCUUCACCCUGCUGAGGGAAAAUCUCAGAGAUAUCACCCUAAAUGUGAACAGUAGAGAUUCAACAACCCCUGAAAUGACAGAUGAGUUCACUCCACAGCCUCAAAAGCAGUCCUAAAUCUGUAUUAUUGUGAUUCGUCGCCUUGAUGUUGAUUCUUGUGACAGCUGUGCAGGUCGACACUCAGUGGAAGAGACACACUAUUGAGUAAAUGUCAUCCUUAUUGGAAUCAUGCAGCUCAGCAGACAGAUAAAUCUUUGUUUUCUUUGUCGUGUCGGUGGCAAUCAUCGAGUGGAUGUGGCAUUCAGGCGGGUUUAAACUUCUUUUUGGGUUUUAUUUUUAUCCUUUGUCUCCUUUUAAUGCUUUUUUCCCCCAGUCCCUGUUGUUUCCUUGAUCUGGUUUCAGUGUCAAGGCUUCUAGCUGAGUGUGCAUCGCCUCACAAAUUGGCCGGGUUGUGGGAAUGACAGAUUUUGGCACUUUCAUGUGCUGCCCCUGUCAUUAUUGUCCCCUCCCGUUGUUUCUCUGUGGGUUGUGACUUGUCGCUUGGCGCUGUGCCUCCUCCUCUGUUGGAACCGCUUGUCCAAUUAGCUGAUUCAGACACUGUUGUUUUAAUGACUCAUUGUUUUGCAUGAGGUCAGCCCUGGGAGUACAGUUUUUUGCAUGUUUUGUGUUAUCGUUUGUUUCACACCAGGGCUGUAGAAGAGUUACACCAAAAUACCAGAAGUUGAGGCACUUUCUUGGCACAAAAAUCACAAAGGCAGUGACUUCAAAUAAUCCACUUUAUUUUGGCAAAAUCUGAGGUAAUCCAUUACAAGAACUUGGCAGGGAUGUCAUGCGUCAACUUCAUGAAUUUCCACCAACAAAUCCCACACAUGGACAAACGCAUUCGAACUUAAUCAAUACUUGCCUCCGCUUUGUUUGUAUCCUCUGAAGGUCUCGCUGGAAGUUGACACGUGACAUUGAUUCUCAAUAUUGGCGCUGGUGUUGACAAGUGGAUGCGAACCUGCUGCAGGCGCAUCUGUCUGAGUUUUAAUCACCCCAUCACAGAGACACAGUUUAACUCUUGGCAGCUUUUGAGUAGACUUUCAGAUGAAUCCCACAGCUCCCGGCUCUCGAAAAGUAAUUAUUUCAUCACUGAUUUUCUCUUCCUUGAGGUCACCAGGGCAUAUUCCAUCGUUAAAAAGGCAGUUUUUUGCCGUGCUUAUUUCUGUUUCAAGCUGGCUUGUCUACUCACCAACGUACUCAGUUGGCAACGCUCAGGCAGAUAUGCAACAUGUGAGGUCUCUGCACAUGUCCACGCCUCCAGGGAGACACACACUUUGGUUGCGUGUUUUUUUUAUCAUAUCAAUCGUUCGAUGAGCUCAACAUGUAGAUCAACAUCUUUUGUCACGUUUCUCCACUCUUCCGCUCCCAGGAACUUUUGUGAACGAGGAGGGGGAGUUUGUGUACACUCAUCCCGCCCUCCCGUGUUUCGGUGCAGGCCACUCACCAGAUGUUGUGGUCUGUAAUUUGUGUCAUGUUUUGGUGGGAAGAGUGGGUGUCGUUCGCCUCCCUGUGCGUCUGUGAUUUACGGAGGGGCUCCUGAGUGCUCUGAUGCAGACCUUCAAGGGCGAUGGAGGAAAAGUGGAGCGUGGCAGAAGAGAGAGAGAGAAAGAAGGAAAUUGGACAGAAUGUCUCUUUCCAAGUUAAAUGGAUCUCGUAGGGCUGACCCUUAGAAGUCUUGAAUUCAAACCAUCAGUCAAGAGGACCAAGAGUUGAGUCACACUCUUUUGGUUGAAUAUCUCUGCACAACCUUUUUAUAGCAGCAGAAGUGUACUCACAGCAGACCAGGUGAAGCAGAGGGCAGAUGAUGACCUUAACAGAAGGAGUUUUAAAAGGACCUUUUAGUACUUUUAUAGGAAGACAAAUUAUCUGCAGAAGCCUCUUCUACCAUAAAUCUAACAAACUGGAGGAUUAAAACUAGAAAACUUAAAGCAGAUCUAGGUUAUGAACCUGUAGACUGUAUCUGUGAUGAUGUCCUGGACUGGACUUAAAGGGGCUGCGAACUGAGCUGCCGCUACUUAAGCAGCAGCUACCCGCCUAGGUGAUUUCAGCUUUAUCCUCUAAAAAGCUCUUUUUUUAACUUAAGUGACAGGCGUCGCUUGAGAUACUUAAAACUAGAAGAAACACAGAAGCACUUGUUUGGCAAAGCUUCUUUUGCAGCUAUUCAGAGGGGCUAGAGGGCUGCCUGCUGAGUUGCCAUAAACUUGAGCUCACUAACUCUUGAAAUGGUUCUUAAAAAGAACAAUACGAUUAAAAAUGAUGAAGAGGUGACUUAAAAUAGACAGAAAGCUUAAUGAGAUUUUGAGUGUCUUCAGGUUUAAAAAUAACAGGUCACCUUUGAAACAUCGAGAAGCAGCGGUUUGGGGUCCAGACUGGAAUCCUCUACCCUCCAUGUAAAACUGGUAGUAUGUUAGUCCUGUAAAAAACUGUACACGUCAAAGCCUCGUUCAGUCGCGCAUUCAUCUUCUGAGAUUGGUUUAUUCACACCCAACACAAACUCUCACAUCACAUUGGCACCAUUUUUAAAGACCUGCUUGGCUGAAAAAGGAGGCCAGUGCAGAAUUACCUAAAGUGCAGUUCCUUAAAUGUCCACUAGAGACUGGCUCCAAAAGCCAAAGGAACCCCAUUAAACCCAUAUUAAAAUGCCAGUUUUUACAGCUAAAUUUACCAUGAUGACAGCUUGAUAUAAAAAUGGUUUUGAUCUCUUAUUACUUGGUUUUGUUUUUUCCUAAAAACUGAACAUGGGAUUAAUUUUGUAUCAAUUGUCUGUUUUGAUUUUAUUACAGCUUAGAGUUUGGUAUUUAAAAGGGGUGUGGCUGAUUUGCUGAUGUUAAAGAAACACAUGCAGGAUCGUACAGGACUUUGGUACAAUGCUAACCCUAAAAAUUAAGGAUUGAACCGUGUUGAGGCUUUUUAUUGAGCAGCUAAUUCCAGUUAAAUGGACAUAUUUUUAGUUACAGCUCUGUAAUUUUGAGGUGACACAAGAACAUUUUCUUGUGUACUUUCUAUGUGAUUGACUGACUCCAUUCACGAAGCUGUCUCAAGGUGAAAGCUUCAGUCUUUUAUUCAAAAAGGGCAAGUGAGGUCGAAUUGCUGUAAUAAAGUACUCUGAAAUAGCUCAAAGAAAAGAGAAGUUAAGCCUGAUAAAUCCCUCCUUGUAUCAUUUUUAGGGUGAAAAGGCCAAGGCACAAAAUACGAGACUUUGAGUUGAAGCCUUUGAUGGUUUUUCGAGGGAGGGCGAAAGGUGCAGGCUGUGCAUUGUGAAGGAUGUAUUAUCUUAGUCCCACAGCGGUCUUCCAGUUUCAUUUUCUGGCUUGAAUGCCAGUUUGGUAUCUGCUGAUUUUGUCGGUAAUAAAAUGAACAGCUAAGACGCAGACGCUGACCUUCCUCUCAACUUGAGGCUGUCAAGUUCAUAUUUCCAGAGAAAUACACCGGGAUAAAUACAAAGACAUGCAUGCAGCAAGGAACCACUCUGCUAUUUCCUUUUAUUUGAAGGGCCUACGAAUCCUAAAAGCCUGUUAUUUCCACCUGCUCUUUAUGUUUUUGUUAUUCUCCUGACACCCUCUCCAAGGCUACUGAACUGAAUGUGACGCCUCGCUUGUUUUGUUGCACAGCACAACGCUUUCAGAACCCGAAUGAGGUGUGUGUACAUGGAAAAAUUCUUUCAAUCCUCCCGUGAUAAAAGCAAUAUGCCUCAUCUGAGGCACUAAAUAUCCAAUGAACACCGUUAUGAAUAAGUAAAGAGCGCAUCUGCAGUCGCCGGACAAAACAUUUCCUAAUGUUUUAAGGAGGAAGUAAGAAUUUGCAAGUACAAAAGUGUCAAAAUAAAGCGUGUUAGAGUUUUAAAAGGAUAAGGAGAGGAAUGAAAGGAUGUAGUGCCACACAGAAACAGAGGCCAGAUGCUGAGCUGUGACUGCAGCUUCUCCUGUAUUUUUAAUGAUGCUCUUUUAUUUUGCAUUAACCUAGAAUUCCUCAAACUGAACACAAGCAGCUCCCCCCUGCAUGCAUGCAGCCCUCUGAAAACUCCUCUGCUGUCCUUUUAUUUCUCUUAUAAAUCCCACACUGACACACAUGGGAACAGCCAGUUUUCUUCCCUGCCUCCCUCGCUGGUGUCCGACCCUUCAGGGGGUUGCAUUCACUGUGUAGGUCCCUGUCUGCCAAGCAUUAUGCAAUCACUAAUGGACUCUACAGCAGGCAGGAGGCAGGGGCUGCCGGACCACUGAAAGCACCACCAACCCCUCCUUCUCCUCUCUUUCUUUUUUUUUUUUUUUCUCGCUGAAUCCAUCUGUGUCCACGCAUGAACUCCUGUUUUGUCACUGAGCAGGCACACACGCACAAGUAGAUAAACACACAUCGCACACAUGGUCUCUCAUGCCUCCCCCACGUAGCUUUUUUCCUCUCUGCGUCUCUCUGUCAGCAUCAGUGGUCAAGAGGCAGCCUGAUGUUACAACACUGACAUUAUAUUUCCAAGUCAAGCAGCUGGAAGGAAUGAGGGGAAACAAGAUCAUUUUUCAGGCUCUCUCCACAAAAAAAUACAUCCUCCUUCUUUCCUCAGUAGAAAUGCUCUUUUCUUAUCACAGUAUGCAUCACUUCAUUCUUCAUUUCUUUUUGAUUUAUUCAACUUCUUUGCUUUUUCUUUUUUCUCUCUUUCUUCCUACUUCCUAACUUCCCCUCAUUUUCCUUCCUUCCUCAUGUCCUUCCUUCAUUCCUCUCUCUUCCUUUAGUACUUUCUUUCUUUCUUUCUUCCUUCCUUCCUUCCUUCCUUUCUACCUUUCUUAAUUUCUUCCUUUCUCAUGUCCUUCCUUCAUUCCCCUCUCUUCCUUCAGUACUUUCUUUCUUCCCUCCUUUCUUCCUUCCUUCCUUCCUACCCUCUUUUCUAGCUUCCUUCUACCUUCCUAAUUUUCUUUCUUUCUUUCUUCCUUCCUUUUUAUCUUGCUACCUUCCUUAUCCUUCUUCCUACCUUUCCCGCUUCCCACUCUUCUUCCUUCCUUCCUUCUUUCCUUCCUCCCCUCCUUCCAUCCUCAUGAUGGGCAUUACUUUUUUCUUUUUUUACAGAAAUGCAGUUCUUCCUCCACCCUCUCUUUUUCAUAAAUACAGAAUUCACUCCUUUAAGUAUCAUUUUCUGUAACUCCACCAAACGACACCCUUUCUUUCUAUCUUCUCUAUACCUUCCUACUAUCCUUUCUUUCUUGCUACCUCCUCUUUUCCUUCCUUUUUUUCCUUCCUAUCUUUCCUGCUUCCCACUCUACUUACUUCCUUCUUUCUGUCCUUCCUCCCUUCCUAACGUCUUCAUGAUGGGCAUUCCUUUUUUCCUUUUCAUAAAUACAGAAUUCACUCCUUUAUUUUUCAUUUUCUGUCACUCUACCAAACUACACCCCCUCUUUUCUAUACUUGUAGACUACGCCCCCUUUCUUUUGUUUCCUUUUAUGCACACAAUGUUCCUCUUUUUUAGGUUUUCCUUCACUCUUUUGUUUUUAUUUCUAGAUUGUAAACCUUCUUUUCUUUUUUCCUGAUUCUCUUACAUAGUUUACACAUUUUCCCCUCUCUCCUUUCCCUUUAGUUUUUGGAGGAUAAGCUAACAUCUGCAGAGCGUAUGUGCGUCUGAAAGGCCUCCCUCUUUCCUCCUCCUCCACCUUCCUCUCCUGUUGACAAGUCAAAAGAGAAAGAGGCUCUUAUUUUGGCAGGAACUUGGGUAUACUAGUAAAGACUCUCAAAUAGUCAGAGUUUGUUGACUGUGCACGUGUUUGCGUAUGCUGGUGUGUGCCUUUUUAUGUCCCUGCGUGUUGUGUAUGUGUAUGUGUGUGUGUGUCUUUAUAGCCAUGUGUUUUAAAAUACUCUGCCGGCCCAGCCACUGAGGCAGAGGGAAAACACAUUAGGGAGCUGUGGCGACAGCAGCGCUGGUUUGUGUUGGGCCGCAGUCGCCUUUGCUUGCAGAAAGCUGCAACAGUGGACACCAGAAAACCUCUGCAUGUGCCUGUGGCAGUCUGGGUGAAAAUAUUUAGAUAUCCUAGACUUGGAACAUCACUUUUCUCCUUUUUUUCCUCUCUUAGCACCACUUUCUUCCUCUUUUUUUUUUCUUCAAUUUAAUUAGCUUAGCAAAUGGAAACUUCCCUGGCAGCACUGUGGUGGAGGGGAUUGUGGUUGUGACAAAGAGAAAUGGGGGAAAACCCUAUGUGAGGAUGUCUGUUUUCUUCCUCUUUCACCCCCUUUUUUACGGCCCUCCAGAAAAGAAAAAGAAGAAGGAAAAGUGGGGGGAGAGUGUGCCUCUCCUCUGGUGUUCAGGUUUUCUUCACAAGUCAGACAGGACCUGUCUGGAGCUUUGUGGUGUAAGGUGUGAAAAGUGUCUAACUCUGCAGGGGGUGAAAUGACAGAAUCCAACCCAUGUGGUAAAUGCAGUGCCUCUAAUAGUGUGUGACUACUGGACUGGUGUGCUUCUGUGACAGUCUGUGAGACUUUAAGGAACCCAUCCAUGCCCUUCACUGUGAAAUUUUGCAGAAAUACACUGUGCCAGCUGUUUAUUUUGGGACUGUGAGAAUACAUAUGCAGACAUGAAUGCCACAGAAAACUGAGAAUUAUGAUAAUUCGCUGACUUUUUAUCUUCGAUUGAACAAAGAAGAUAAAUGAAGCCAUUCCUUGAAGAGUUCCUUAGGAGAAUAGCUUGUGAGCGCUCACUUAAUGUUCUAAAAAUAGCUCUUGACAAUGGUAUUACCUAGCUGAUAUGGAAAACUUCACAGGAUUAUUUUUCCCUUCCAGACUUGUUACCUGAAGUAGCCUCGCAGCUAAUGAUAACUGACAUUAUCAACUUAUUAAUAGAUGAUUUCUUGGUAAGCCUGCCCACAAUGUGCCCAAUUUUGAUUUCCACAUUAAUGGUGAAGCAACAAACCUCCAUGAUGGUUUGGCGUAAGUUUAUGAUGGCUUCAUUUACAGUCGAACGGAUCAAAACAUAUUUCAGGCUGUUGUCUUCGAAAACACUAAUUUCAGCCUAUGUUUUGAGAGGCUUCAUUGUAGUCACUGUCCCUUUAAGAGCUUCCCCAGCAUUCUAGAGCCCAGCAUUCUGGUGUCCAGAACUUUAGAACCUAGCAUUCAAAAGCCCAGAAUUCUAAAGCCCGACAUCCUAAAACCCAGCAUUCUAGAGCCCGACAUCCUAAAACCCAGCAUUCUAGAGCCCGACAUCUUCGAAACCAGCAUACUAAAUCUUAGCAUUCUAGAGCCUGACAUCUUAGAACCCAGCAUUCUAAAACCCAGCAUUCUAGAGCCCUACAUCCUAGAGGCCAUCAGUCUGAAACUCAGAAUUCUAAAGCCUGACAUCCUAAAACCCAGCAUUCCAGAGCCUGACAUCUUAGAAACCAGAAUUCUAAAACCUAGCAUUCAAGGGCCCAUAAUGUUAGAAACCAGCAUACUAAAUCUUAGCAUUCUAGAGCCUGACAUCUUAGAACCCAGCACUUUAAAACCCAGCAUUCUCGAGCCCUACUUCCUAGAAGCCAUCAGUCUAAAACCCAGCAUUCUGAAACCAAGCAUUCUAGAAGCCUCCUUCAUUGCUGCCAUGCAACAAAGUUGUGUUUCUCUUUCAAAAGCGACAAAUUUGCCCUUUUAAGGAGUUCCACUGUCUGGUGAAGUCACGAUUUGAGCAAAUCACUGAAUUCUCAUGUGAACAAGUCAUUCAGAGCAGCCUGUAGUCCCAUCUGGGGAUUACUUCAACACACAAUAAUCUUCCAAUCUGAAACUCUGCUCAUAUAUAGUACCGCUAUCCAACAUUUGUUUUCAUAAUUUGGAAAAAGCAUAAUAGCACGUCUUUAAAUACAUAUCAUAAUUGCAGUUUUUGGUCCAACUCCAGUCUUUGUGGAGAUAUCAAGGCACGGGAAAAACAGAGUUGAUCUGAUACCAAUUUUUCAAAUGGAAGUGCCUCAGAUAAAGCUUUGAAAUAAUCUGUUCUUAGAAACAUGCCAAUCUUUGAUCCAAAUCCCGUAAAUUCUUAAAUCUCCAUUUGAAAAAGAGAAAAAGGGGAAAUCAAUCCUCUGCUCUGUUCCAAAGAAUAGCCGAUCUAUAAAUGAGUAAAAACCAGCUUACUGAAUCAGUCCUGGGAUCAGGAAGGAAACGAAGGGAGAAGAAGAAAAAAAUCCAACUAAUCUGAAUCACAAGUGUCUGAAGUUUGGGUGAAAUUCUGACAUUAGACGUCUUGCCUCUCCGCUGUGUGUCCUUUUAAGCUGUAUUAAGUGUCAUCAGCUCAGGUUGUGGUCAGUUCAGGUUUUGUUGGUCUGCUUGUUAAAGGAUGAAGUGAAAUCAAACACUGCCUGUGAAACUGUCGCGGUUGACAUCGCGGCGCUGUGUUGACAGUGAUCUAAGAGCCAAAUGUAUUCCAUCUGUGCACCUUCCAGAGAAAAAAUGGCAGAUAUUUGGAAAGGCAUGAUGUCAUCUGUUUUUUUUUCUUCCUCCCGGCUCCCAAGAUUGCUGUGGAAAACAGCACGCCGCAUUUAACACAUCUGCGCUCACUCAUAUUUACGAGCACACUUUAUCGUCUCUAAAAGGCGCCAAAUUGAUAUGUGCACUGGCGGUCUUCCAAGUAGAAAAAUAUGUACUUCUAAUGUCUGGUGUUCUCAUUAUUCCCACAUCUCGAGUCAAAACAGCAAUGAAUGAGCUUAAGUGUGUAGAUCACGCUCUCUACGCAGGGUGUAACACCAACCGCAAAUUAUACUCCACUUCAUUUGGAGCUGUUUUUUCCUGAGAAAACUUUGAGCUGGAGUGGGGGGAAUCAUUAGUGAACUCCCAUCAAAGCACAUUACACUUCUUUUUCUAAGUGAAUGCUGCUGUGUAAACUCAUUUCAUUUUAGUGGGAAGCAGAUCCUUUAAAAGCUCCAAUUAAACACUGAUGAAUAUUCAUGACCGAGAUGUUUUCGUGAAUCGCAGGAAAACAGGAAGUGGAUGUGUUUUCACGUCUGUCUCCACGUGGGAAGUCUCUGCAGACCCUGAAUGCCUCCAGCUUUUAAUAAUUUCCUCAUGAGCGCAUAACCUGUAAUUUAAUAUGAGCCGUUUUUUUCCCCCCCGUCUCUCGCUGAGAAAAAGCGCAUCCGUUUCCAGCACUACACAUUUCUAAUAACAAACAAUUCAGUCUUCAGUUUCAUAUCCACGUUUUUUAAUCCAGCUCUGAUUUCAAAAGCGAGUGCUGACAUUUCCGAGGUUUGCUUCACAUCCGUAUUUUGACUGUGUGAUGUCCAGACCCCUCGAUCUGUAUCCAGAUGUGUCUGUGUACAGUUGUGGCAGACAUCUGAUGUUUGAAAGUUUUAACUGUGACCACAUCAGCAAAUGUGUCCAGACGGUGACUCACGCUGUAAGACUGAGUGAGCUAAUGGUGGUGAAAAAAGGGGCAAAUGUAUGAAGGGAGAGAUCUGAGAGAGGGGCAAACUUGGAGUGGGGUUUAAUGUGGCUCAAAAUGAAGGCCUUUUGCACCAUUUUCUAGCCUACAACUAAAUCUAUGAAUAAGUUGACAUAAAACACUGAUUUAGAGUGAUACACAACUUUGUGAUGCACUCACAAACUCUGUGCCGUUGCCUGGAUUGCAGGACAGGAUCAAGUAUUAGAAAAUACCCUCUGCGUUUUAAAGGCUUAAUCUGAGCCAAAGUUUUUGCUACAUUGUCAACAGGCUGGGUUUGUAAUCGGAAAAUUUAUCGAUACCGAAAUUGACGACAAUACCGACGUCAUUUUGCCAAAAUUGGUAUAAUCGGUGUCAAGAAAAUAAAUAAAUAAAAGUUGGUUUUGGAUGUGUGUAGGUAGGCUAAGCUCUCAUGUCCCUUUAAGACGCUGUCCUACGUUAGAGACAGGGAAAGACAGGUGAGGAGAUGGAGGACAGUUCAAAGGUUGUAGCAGCUGAAGUAGACGAAGUUAAUGUGGGAGGGGUUGAGCAGCUUGUGGAGUAGUUAUCGUCCAUUUAUCGUUAUUGAGGUAUAUAUUGACUGCUCAAUAUAUUGUGAUAUUGAUUUGAGGCCAUAAUGCCAAGCCCUAGACUAAGGCCAAAUAUGCAGGACCACUUUAAAAAGAUUGAUUUGACAAGACUGUGUGAUCAGGUUUCCCUUUGCUACCCCGAAUGAAGUGUCAUCAUGAGUCAUCAAGAGUUUCACACAAAGAGUGAAGACAAAGAACCAGCUUUUUCACACUGACUUUGUUGGGUCUUUCCCACCCCCACAAAUUUUCAGUAAUUGGGCUGAAAGUUAACAGUGAGCAGAGUUUCUCAGUGCUCUACUCUUGACUGCUCCUGCACAGUUGGUGAUGUGUUAUUUGAAACUGCUGAGUUUGUAUCACAGAAGCAUCUUUUGCCUGUGUUACAGUGAUAAGAGUUAAUCUCCCACUGUGAGGAGUCCAUUAGCUAACAUUAGACACCAUAAGCUAGUGGUCACACACAACCAACUAAGGCUGUGGCAGCGAAACCGCUCAGUAUUCUGGACUUGGUUGUUUUACGGUUUAUUUGUAUUUGUUUGUUUGCAAAAGAAAGACUGAGUGACUUUUUCUUAUCUGUUCAAGUCAUGGUCUCAUUUGAAGGCAGACAGAUUGGAAUCAGCUGUUAUUUUUAUCGUAAAUUGAUCUGUAAAUGACUUUCAGUGUUCAUCUUUUUAUUCCCUAUUAGAAAAUAAACAUUAUUUGUGCUCUAAAAAGGCCGUCUGAAGUCUGUCUUGCGUAACCGACAUUUCAAGACCCCAAAAUAUUCGGUUUUCUUUUAUAUAACAGACCUAAAAGCAGCAAAUCCUUUCGUUCUACAAGUGAAAGCCAUAAACUGUAAGGCAUUUCUGCUGAGAGUCCAUGAGUGCCUCAUUUAAUCGAAUGAAACUUUAUGAUUCUCUCCUCAAAGGGGAAGUAUUUUCCUGCAGAGUGGGCUUCUUUUCAGCCGCUGGACUCAUUCAGGAUCUUUAUUGUUUGACAUUUUUAAUAUCGUAUUUGUUCUCAGCAGUGAUCAAUUUCUGAAUGCGAGUUUGACGCGCACGGUUAAGCGCGCAUCCUCAGGUCAAAUUGCAGGGCUUAUCAUGCCGCACACCACCUCUCUGCUGUGGUUGUUAACAUGAUCAGAGGCACUAAUGUGGCGAUUCUACCAGGCGAGUUAAUCUUUACUAAUGCACUCUGUUAACAGCCAUCUGUGAUCUCAGCGCUGACUGUAAAACCCUUUUUAGCAGAGCACCGCGCCGCAUUCAGUCACUGCUCCAUUACGCCCAGGGAUUGGGUUUAUUAUUCAGCCCGGAGAGGCUUUAAACCAGAGAAAAAAACCGUGUCAGAUGGAAUCCAUUUUGAUUUUAAAUGCAAAUACCGCUGACACGCUCGCUGGCCGACCACACAGGCCUGUUGAUGGGUGGAAAAUUUCAGGCUGAGGUCUCUAAACAAACGGAGGCUGCCAGUCAGAGUGUGUCAUGUCCGCAGUCAGGUACAUGCUUAACCCCUGGACUCCUUUUACUGGAAGGCUGAUUUAGCAUGCCCGGCUGUUUUUAGGUCGUGAGCAGAAACUAAACUGAAUAUUCCUAAAAAUAAAAGACACAACUCGUCUCAAAUAAAGCUGCAUUUGAAUGUUCAAUAUCUUAUUUUCACUUCCCUUAAAAAAACCCUCUCGACAGUGACAUCAACCAAGGUCGAGGCUUCACGUUUAAUCUGUAUGGUUUUUAUGCCACGCUCAAAUCGGUUUUCACGGUGUAAUGGGAGCUGAGCCGGUGGGGUGCAAAGCUUGAUUACUUUGAUGAUGAUAAUUUGUUUAAUCAAGUGAUUGGGUGGUUGAGAGGAAUGGCUGCAUGACCGCUACCCUCCAGACUCAGCAGGAUAUCCCUCUGUGAGGCCCAACAGAGACAAUUUUGGAGGCUUUAACGUCUGAAUUUAACAGCAGACGCAAAGAGAAGCAGGCGACUUCAAUCAGCUCUAAGCAGCUUAAGCUUCAUAGCCUUAUAACAUUUUGGUGAAGUUAAGUGUUUGUCUUCUAAAUUCAGUCGUGCUGCUUCAUUAACCUUUUCAGCAAUAUUAAAGGAUCAUGAGAGGAGCUACAGUUUCUGUUUUUGUUACAUUUCCUCAAAGUCAAGUUUGCCCAGGGACUUUGCUCCCACUAGUUGUGCUUUCUGCUAGCUGUGUUAAAACCUGAAUCUCACCGCUAUAUUCAGGCUGCAGGACAGUGGACAGAGUAAGAAACGGAAGGUGAGAGCCAGGCAUGGCACUUUUUAUUCAAAAUUUGAACCUUUAUUUAAAGUUUGGGGGAAAAGAGUGCACAGUUAAGUGAGCAGUUCGUUCUCAUAUUAAUUUGGUGUACCAGCACAUUAGGGCACGAGAAGUAGCUUGCCUUAUGAUGAUAAUUCGCGAUCAUGUGGGACCACAACCUCAUAUGUGGGGCGCAUCUGUAUCCUGCUACGCCACUUGACUACACAUCGGAUAAUCUUGUCACAAGGGCUGUAAUCAACCAAAGAAAUUUGACCAAAAAUCGAGUAAUCGGGGGAUUUUUCCGACUCUGAUGGCAAACCCUCAGUGGCGGGGGGCGACGUGGCUUAGUGGGGUGAAAAUAUACUGAUAUCAGCACAAGAAGGCGAUUAAACACAAAAUAUAAUAUAUAAAUAUUCAGUAAACCACCGGACAUUGAUCAUUAACAUGGAUGCUCUUCAAUCUUCUUGUCUCCAGCCAGUCUCCAAUGAGUUGGGUGAAUCCAAAAUGGUGAAAACAAGGGGGGUGUUCCAAAACAGGCUGUUACCUGUGAAACAGGGGUGCUCUGAAAACACCCCCAUUAGCACUUGGUACAGUCCUCCUGAUGAAAUUAACCAUAAACUCUAAAUUGAUGCUGAAAAAAAUCAAGUUGACCAGUCAGAACUCAGCACGUAUCGACCAUAAGCUGACCAGUCGACUUGGACUUUACAACCCUACUUGUCAUAAUGUUGGAUUUUGCUUAACUUAAAGGGAAAUUCCACCUAUUUUUCACAUUAUUAUUAUUAUAGUUGUAUUCAGAACUGCUCUUAAAGUAAAUCACCUCGUCAGCUGCUUCUACUUGACCUUAACUUGUUCUCACUGAAUCUUUGUCUAAUGAGUCUUAUCAACGUUGCUGGAAUGGAAAAAUAAGUAGCCGGAAUACUCUUUUCAACUAAAGGUCAGGAUGCUCUGAUCCUCAUAGUGUCACUGCCAACGAGAUAAAAAGGUCUCUCUUACAAACCAAGACUAGAGUUUAUGAAGAGAGCGAUACAUGACUUUCUAAAUGUUCAAGGUCUGUUACUGUGGUUCUUUCAGCUCAUGAUGCUUUUAAGACGUCUCUUUUGUAGUCUGUGUGGAGUGACAUUGUGGCAGACAGCGCUGCCUACACAUUCAGCGCUUCAUCACAGAGCUCUGAGGAGUCGAUUGAAGGCGUCUUUUUGAAGAUGAUUGCGUUCUGUCGCAGCCUCUUCUUUUUGUUUAUUGUGGUUUCACUCCGCUAUGUGCGACUCUGUGACCGCAGGGGGCUCAUGACAAGUUUUGCUAGACCUGCAGAGCCGAAGCAGCUGAACACAUCUGCUGCCUGGUGGGUUUUUGAUAUUAGCUCUUCUUUCGUGUGGGAUGCUCCGCCGCAAACUCUGUCCCCUCGGCAUUCACAGCAGGUCUGUUUUUACUUUUCACAUGCAGUGCCGUUCAUUCAAGCUUGCUGUUUCAUAUACUCUUUGUGUAUUUUAAAAGUUUCUACAAAAUAUUUUUUUGGAGGCCAUCAGGACAUACAGGCCUACAGUAUGAAACACCAUUGGUUAAUGUUGAGAUAAUGCAGAGAAGAAGGAUUAAAGCUGAUACUGAAGAGUGCUUACUAACAGUCUCAGUGUCUAUAUGCUACUGAUAGGAAAUUAAAAUAUUAUCUCUUCACCUGCUCUGUAAGAAGUACCUUCUGCAUCCUUUCAAAAUAAAAGCAUGUUCGUUAUAAAACAGGAGAUAAAGUGACCCUGCUGUAAGGCAGUAAAAAGGCAAAAUUAAAGCAUCACAUAUACAUUUUUUACUAGUCAUAUAAGAUUAUGUCUUAUGUGUGUGCUUUGCAACACCUAACCAUGGCCAUUAUACCCAGACCUCUUUGCAUGUAAUGCACUUCUUGCCUCCAUAAAACAGUAUUUGCGAUGUAUUUCAGUAAACUCAAACUUCUAGGGUGUCUUUUUCGUGAAUGCUCUUAUUGCAAAUACUUGUGCAACUUGUGCAAUGAGGGGACACAAAGCAUUGGCGAAGAAAUGGGUCAGACACGCAGCAAAAAGCCCAGGGUAGGAAUCAAAACCCAAAGCUGCAACUUUUAAGACUGAGGUUUAACAACUGAACUUUAUUAUUUGGACCUUAGACUUGUUCCCCCAGUCAUAGAUGGAUUUUUAUUGCAGUCAUCUAGUAGCAAAAGCAAUAUAAACUUAACACAAUGACAAUAUAGCGGCCAUUUCUCCAAAACUAUUCUACAGUGAACAUAUGAACAUAAAAAAUAAGAAUACCAAUCUCCUGGUUGGUAACAGUUUACAUCUGAUAAUCGAUAUGUAUUGGUAUUGAACCUAUAAUAGUUGAUAGUUUAAAUACUCCAACUAUGUUGAGCAUGGAUUCCUUAUAUUGAAGGGAAAUUGUAAAAUUAAGCAAGGAUAGCUUGGGAAGAUAUUGGGCGAAGCCAUCGACAUGAAAGUAAACGGACAAUUAAGCAUUUUGUGCUGAUAGUUCAAGAUUGAGUUUGGAGCCAAGUUGAGUCUGAAUCAUUUUUCUCUGUGAAGAGCGGAAAAGUCACUGGAUGUCACGGGGUGAGCUUUAUGGUCAGGAAAAGGAAUAAAAUUUGGUGAAUUUAGUACUCAGUAUGUUUGAAAUGAAAUGACUAGCUGGAGAAUUUGGUACACAGCAGAGACGGAAACAUUUUCCAUGUGUUGAUCAGACAGACUUUUUUUCUGAGUGUACUCCCUGAUCAAAGAUAACGCUUCGUGUUAAUCUUGCUCUACAAAAUCCCAGAUAACUUAGAGAAAGUUAAAAAAGUAUAUGGGGUUUCAGGGGUUAAAUGGAGUUAGUCUUUUCCUACAUACAGUAUAAUCAUGACUCCCCUUUGAGACCCUAGAAUUGGCAGAACCCUCAGUAAAGAGGUGGUGAAGUUAAACCUGGAGCUCAGGGAGGAGCGCCAGUUAACACAGCGCCAACACAGCCUCUUGUGUUGUUUCUGGACCUUUUAGGAAAGCCAGACUCACAUUCUUCCAGAAUUACAGCAGCGGGAAAGAAGUGGAGAAAAGCAGUGUGUUUCAGAGCAGAGGUUUGGCAGACGCUUUCAAAGCCAUUUUUAGCUGCAGUAGUUUUGUUAGUGAUCUCUGUCCUGCCUCCAAAAGGAUGUGGAAGAUUUGGGCUCUGACUAAUUGUGUGUUCUCUCGGUUGAAAGUGUGUUUUGUGUCUUGUUAAUUUGGCGCUCUUUUAGAGUCCCAGUGUAUUUCUCUCUCUCUCUCUUUCUUUUUUUUUUUUCCACUUGGUCAUUAAAGAUUGAAAACGCUGCCGAGCUGUGGUUUGAGCGCUGGGCCUAUUUUGGUUGCCAGAAUUCAAUUAUUUACAUAGGAUGGAGCAUGAAUAAGAAUUUCACCCCUGCAUUUCAAAAUAAGAGCCAGAGGCUAGAGCAUUUAUGUUUAUUAAAAAGUCACGUGUACCAUCCCCGAGAAACCAAGAUUUGAUGAUUUUGCUGCAGCAUGAAGGAUUGGCAUCACAUCCUUAAAUCUCUCAUUUAGUCAAAUCUGAAAAGCAGUCUUUACAUUUAAACUCUAAUCAAAGCUGGAAAUGAAAAACACUCUUGAGGAUAUCAUCCAGAAUUUAUUAUCUGCUCUAUUUUAUUCUUCUUAAGCUCACUUGGUGGUUUAAUGUUGUUUAACUGAUAAGGGAUGAAUUCAUGGAGCUUGAAGCAGCUGGCUCGCAUAUGUACGGCAUGUACGCAUUCUGCAGAGGAGCCGAACACACAGAGCGGCGGUGUUUAUCCGUCAAACAUCACUCAUAAACAGAGACACGCACAUGCUGAUGUGUGUUACAAUAGCUUCCUCUCUGUGUGAUUGCUGUUUGAUCCCUCUGACAGGCUGCCUUUCUACUGUUUUGCUAAAUUGGCGCAGCAUGUGCAACCAAUCUAAUUGUUCAUAAUUCAGCAUAAUCCUAAUGUUGACACUGGAGUCGUGCUAUUUUUCCUUGUACUUUAUUUGUUAUUGGAAAGCUGAGAGCUGCAACCUGCAAACAUUUCUGUUAAAAAGGAGUUUUGAACUUUUUCAGGUCCAGAUUUUUUCGCACUGGUUGUAACUCGAAAACCAAGUUAAACUGGUAUUGACACCAUUAGGUGAGCAGACCUUGUUUUCCUGCGAGUUUGCACGCCAAGUUCUGUUCAGUCCAUACUACUCCACUCUUUAGCCACAGUAGGCUAAUCUUUAGCAUCUGCCAGCUGAACCUCUGCCAGGUUACCCUUCCAACAAGGUUAAUCCUCACAGGUAAGUGUGCUGGAGUCAGAGCGUCUAACCCUGAAACCAGGACACGGUGAGAGCUUUAGUGGUGAGGUUCAACAGGAGCACAUCACUUCCUUGUUAGUGGGCCUCAUAGUACUACUUACUGCAAGAAUUAAACCUUUGUUUGACAAUAAAAGUGACACUCAAAAAGAUUCGGUUUGCGUCUGAGGAAAUCUCACGAUGAAAAUGUCAUAUCGUUGCAGACAGGAGACAAAAUAACCUGUGCUUGCAUUUGUAGACCCUACACUGAGUCUGGCAGGCAGCUCAGCUAAAGCUCCCAUAAUUAGACCGAGUCAUUAAUGUGCAAUUACGUGAGUCAUGCUGAACCCACGCUGGAGCCCACCAUGAGCUGCCCUUCUAUUAGUCAUGAUUUUCAACUUACCCGUCUUCAGAGGGAUGAAUCCUGCAAUAGAUACACUCAAUUAGAAAAGUUAGCCUCUUUGAAGUCAGCGGUAGGAGGGAUGUCAGGGUUAAAACGGUUAAGGAGAGCGUGAAAUUACCUUAUCAGCACCUGAGUGCAUGAACACUACAUGCUAGGUUGGCAAACUGCAAGGCAACCCCAGGGUGCACCAAUUACUGGACUUAGUUCUCCCGAAUUUAGCUUUUGAAAAAGUGCUUCGAUUUAAAGCAAAGAUUCAAUUGUAGCACACGGACAUGAAAAUCUAAAUUUCCAGGGGAAGGUGUCUCUCUCUCUCUCUUUCACCACAAAACACGAUGUACCACUUCAGUUAUAUGUCAUACUAAAGAAACAUCAGCAAAACCUCAAGAACGUAGAAACCACACGAGUUAAAAUAUCUGCUGCUAUGAAUUAGUUGUCUGAGGUUUUAAACUCAAAGAAUAUAGACUCCAUACAAACUAAAAUGCUGAUUUUUGUCCUUUAAAAAUGAAACUUUAUGCUUUCCAAACGUUCAUAAUGUGCCACAAAAACGUCAUAGGACUAGAUCUGUUGAUUCAGGAUCAUGGAGAAUUACGAAACGAUUCUUCAGCUACUUUGUCUUCUACUCAGACAAAUUAAAAGUUUAUAAUCCACCAAGUAAACUUUAAAUGAAUUCAAGCUGGUUCUUGACUUUUAUCAGCUCUUUCUACGAGUUUUAAAGAUUUUUCUGAUCAAUGUGUCACUGCUUUAGUGAUCAGAGGUUGAUAACACAUUUUUCCCUCCCAUUGUUUCAACAAAGGAAGGAUUACGGUGUCUUUGGACAGACAUUUUAUUUCCAGGGCUUAACAUCUUAGCAUAAUAACGACCUGCACAUCUACAUCUGGAACAGUCCUCCGUCGACUUGGUCAUGUGACAUGUCAAGGCCAGACGGGAUUAGAGGCAUAAGAUAAAACCCUCCUCAUACAAAACAAUACAAUGAUGACAAGGCUUCCCAUUUGAUCAUUAAAGCAAUAAUACACACAUUUGUUUUGACUUAGGUUAUGAACGAGUAUUAAAAUCAGUUAAUCUCUGAGAUACUGUUAGUUUAUAUCUCAUUGGAAAGUCCUAGAGGCACGUCUGGUUAAGCUUCUUUUGCUCUAUAUUCUGUUAACCAACCAAAUCUCUAAUCCAGUAUCUCUGUUUGGUCUUUCUAAAAAAAAUAAAAAAAAAAUCCAAUAUACUUUUCAUGUUUCAAGACAAAGUGGCAUCUACCAGCACCCACAAUCAGGCAAAAACAAAACUGGGGAUGUAACAAAACUGCCCCGUUUAACGUCUGGGGCAUAUUGUCACGCCAAAGUCGUAUAUCCAUGUCUGUCCAUGUCAGGUCCUCCUUGGGUUGACCACAGGAAAUAAUUCACUUUGGUUAAGGUUAAGAAAAGAUCAAUAGUGUGGCAAGUUUGGAAAAAAAUCUAAUGCUUAAAGUAGGGCUGUAGAUAGCAGAUUUAACUGCGAUACAAACUAGUAUAAUACUUUACGAUAUUUAACAAAAUGAUAUGAUUUGAUACAAACCAAUACGAGACAAUAUAAUAUGAUACAAUGUGAUAGGAUACAACAGGAUACAAUACGAUACAGUACAAUACAGUAUGAUAUGAUAUGAUACAAUAUGACUUGUUACAAUACAAUACAAAAUUAAAAAACAAUUUAAGAUAUGAUACGAUACAGUGAUAUGAUACAAUAUGCGAUAUGAUAUGAUACAAUAUGAUAUGAUACAAUACGAUACAAUUUGAUAUGACACUAUAUGAUACAAUACAAUACGAUACAAUACAAUAUGAUAUAAAAGGAUACUAUAUGACACAAUAUGAUAUGAUACAGUAUGAUAUAUGAUGCAUUAUAAUGUGAUAUGAACUGAUAAGGUAUGACUAAUAGUAUAACAGAUACUACCGAUACUUACAAUACGAUACAAUACUUUACAGUGUGAUACAAUACUCUAUAAUAAGAUACAAUACGUUACAUAUACAUGAUAUGUACACAUUUACUCUUUGAAGUUUACUUUAUUGUAAAUUCCAUCCUGCCUCUGAAAUUAUUAACCAAAGUUGCUCAGUCACACAAUUGAUAGAAUCAUACCAGCCAUCAGGCCUCAAGCAUGAAGCAGCUUCAUUACGCCCACAAUGGUGGUUGCAUAAUUAAAAUUACCAUCACCCUCUUGUACGAACUAGUGAUGAAUUUUCCUGAAUUUUACCAGCUGUGUUCCCACAUCUGCCUGUGGUAAUUUUACCCGGGUGGCUGUAUCAAGUCACAGGAAAAAAAUUGGGACAGCUGAUGCAACCCACCCCCCAAAUUUAGAGGGGUCUGGUGCAUACGUGGUACAGGUUAAGUUUCACUGUCAUUAUUGUUCAUAUAAACCCACCAGUUUGUUGACAGAUCCAUCUUUCCACGUGCUGUCACAGAAAUACAUUGUGCCACACACACACGGGCCAGAUGACUAUUAAUACACCCUGUGCAUGCCGUACUUGAGGUGACGGUACUCGGUCCUCACACUGAGGGGCCUGCCAAGUCUCAUGACUCACCUCACUGCACCCUGUACCUGCUGUUUCUCAAACCCUGAGAAGUUCACUCCUGAGUUUUAUUAUUUCGUGGUCACAGGCUGAGACACGCAGCCUUUCAUGUGACAGCCAGCGAGCUGUCAGGGGGUCUGUCUGUCUGUCGCUUUGUGAGUGAGUGUGAGAUGGAAAAGAAAAAGCAGUAAAUCACAGAGUAAACGCCUCUAUGUACACACAAAUUAUUUUCUUUUUGUGGGUGGUAUUAUUUGUUCAAAAUUAGAGGGAUUGACGACAGCUUUUCUGCCGGUGUGUGCUACUUGAACACACUUUUCUAAUUACCAGUCGCCCCUUUUGAGCACGGCUUAAUCUCUAUUUUUCCUCAAAUCCUGUUGCAGGUUUCCUGACAGACCUGAUGUGUCGGUGUCAUGCCAACAACAAAUACACGCACACACACACACUUAUGUACACCAGCGCACAUACAAACACGCUCACUGCUGGUCAGGAUUAGCCCUGGAUAAUGGGAUCAGAGAUCACCACCUGCCGCUCCUCUCCUGUCAUCUCCUCCUUUCUAUGCCUCUCUGCUCCUUCUGUUUAUCCGUCAUUUCAAAUCAUUACUGCCCCCUUUAUUUCUUCAUCUGAUGCUUUAAAUGGGACUUCGUUUCCUCGACCUUUCUCGCUCUCUUUGCUGACGUCCUGUCUUUAAAUAGCGAACACAUUAUCCCUGCGAGGAGUGAUAACAAGUUUGCUUCAACUCCGAGCAGAAUUUAUCCCCGACCUUGUCUCUUUUUUGUCCUCCUUGUAAAUAUAGAUUGCUUUUUUAUUUCCUGCAAUUUCCUUCAUCCCUUUCUUUCCUCCUUCCCCCCUUGUCCUCUGUCACCCUCAUCACGGGUUCCUCCCCUCACACCGUAGUCUUGUGGCCUGCCGACUCCCAUGAGCCCAAAUCCUCUUAAGGGAAAAGGCUUGGAUGGGAAUUCAAUCGCUGCGCCACAAGGAUUGAACCAGAUCAGCCAACAAAGCGGCAAAAUUGUUCUCCUCCCUCCCUCCCUCUCUCCGUCACCCCCUCCUCCUCCUCCUCCUCUUCGCAUGCCUCUGCCCCAUCUGCUACUCUCUCUCUCCCUCUUUCCCUCGCCCCUCUGGCUUUCAUCUCAGGUGAUAAAGGCUUAUUUGUCAGAACUGGCAGCAGUGAGAGAUUGGCGUCCUGGAUGGAGGAAUGUGGCACUCCAUCAUUUUAUCCCUCUGUAUGCCGAUAAGUGCAGAAAAAGCCACAUGUACGGUAUUAAUAGGCACAGAAAUGAUUUGAUGGUUAACAUUUGCUGUUAUGUUUCAGAUCAGAAUCUUUAGUGUGGCCAAAACUGAACCCUUUUUCAUAUGGCUAGUUAAAGGUGAGGUCUCGGGGGUUAUAGCAGAGGAGUUAGUGGCGAGGGGAGCAGGCAGUGAGGAGCUCCUGCUGUGUUUUCAUCUCUCAUGCAUCUGCAACAUCAUAACGCAAUGUGAAAUCACCGUGGCACCAAUAUUGCACCAGGGUGUGACAAUUCAUUCAUCCCCUUCAUUACCAUCUAUAACCUCUUACCAUAAUGUCAACAUAUCCAGGUGUUUUUCUGGAUUGAAUUUCUCACACAUUGAAGUGUUGGUUAAAAAAAAAAAACAGUGAUGCAUCAGUUUCCAGUCGCUGUGCCAUAUUGCAUCAUAUCAGUCAAUAUCAGCCAAUAUCAUCCUUGUAUUGUAUUCCCAACCACGUGCAGAGAUAAGCCCUGUAUCAUGGUUAAAUAUGUGGUUUCACCCAUAAUAUUACGCCGUUGCAACAUCCAUGAAAACACAAAGCUAUGAUGACGAAUUACUACCAGAAAUAUCCACCAUGUUGCUCACAGAAAGAUGCUGGAACUGUGGUGGAGGUUUCAUGUUUGAGGGGGUUCAGCUGAACAUAUUGUAAGAUAGUACCCCUCAAUAAUAAGUCAUGUUGUCCUUCUAUUAAAUCUGUUAUGAAAAAACUUCAUCAUACACUGAAUGGUUGGUUUCAAGCGUGUCUGCAAAGAGCUUAAAUUUUCUUCACUUAUUUUGUUUUGGUUUUUCUUUCUCUCUGAUCACCUGCAGCAGAGCAUGUUUCAGGUGCAGGUUAUCAGACAGUGAGAGAGCAUCUAGUUUAUUGAAUACAAAUAGGAAUCCUGAACAGAUAUAGAAAAUGAAAAUGAAAAUUUUCUGCAACAUUUAAAAUCAACUCUGAACUCUACGUGUAAUUUGACACAAGUUGCUUUUGUAUGAACAAAAGACCAAGUUAAAAUAGUGUGAAACUCCAAACUUUCGUAGUUGGUAGGAAAGAAAACAGCUGAUAUCACUUAAGUCCAGUUUUCAAAACAGCACAUCCAUCACUUCUCUUUGUCUCCCUGUAAUAUAAAUCUGUUGUUUCCCAUUUGUAUGUUUUGGUUGUUUCGUUCUCUGUCUCUUCAUGCGAUCACUCUUUGCAGUGGUGAAUGCUUUCUUUAAAGCUCCUAUAAGUAACUCUUGGUUUGUGUUGAUUGUAGAGACUGCGCACCAACCCACUCUCUAAAAUUUACAGUGUAAAAAAACUCUGCCAUGUUGCUUAUGGUCUUGUUUGCAUUCGGAUAUCAUAAAGAAGCAUCGAUGUGAAUUUGAGUCUGUUUCAUAGACAUCGAAAAACUCCUUACAGGAGCUUUAAUCUACACUUUGCAUUGAGCUUUAAGGUCCUUACACAUGGGGAAUGACGCGAAUAUACGACGCAAAAUCACGAAAUAUUCGGAGGCGAAUUUUGACGCACCUGACUAUACACAUCAAGCCCGAUGCAAUUUUGUGACUUUUCGGGGGGAAAAAAGACGCGUCCCAGGUGGAAGCGAGAAGACUGACAGAACAGCAGACUGACUGUUUUUCAGUUCUGAUUAGACACUAGUGUCCGAAAUAAUCGCACGAAAAAACGUUCCCGGUAUGUAAGGACCUUUUAAUCAGAGCCACACUGCCUCCUCCUGCUUCUCCAGUCUGUUCUUAGUAUCUCUUGUAUUUUAUUUGGUGAGGAGGACACGAGGUGAACUCUGACCUCCCCAUUGCUUUCAUGUCGUGGGUGUUAAUGAUCUGGCAACCAAGAGCUGGGAGUGUCCCUUUUAGCAAUAAGAAACACAUCAGAGGGAACAAAGGAGAAAAAUAUGAAGUACAUGAUCCAUCAAAGAGACACAAACGCGAAUGAAUGUGCUCUGAGUAUCUGAUCACAUCCACAUGAAUGCAGAGAUACCAAGCACACAAUCACACACAUGUUGCCCCGGGGAUUUUGUAACACCCGAGGAACACACGCAGGCUUUUAAAAGGCAGAGUUGAUGGAAACCAUGCCCUUUUAUUGACAAAGUGACAGAGAAAAGCAGAGUGUGUGUGAGACGUUGGAGACAGGUUGUGUGACUCAGGGGGGAUUGUUAAGCCUCUAACAUCACUCUGUUAAAAAAACUGUUUUUACUUCGGAUUUCCUUUGUAACUCCUCUCCAUAUUUACAACCCUGACGAGUGAUUGGCUCAGUGGCUUCUCCUUCACUAACAAUACUAGGUUUAACAUGAAUCGACUACGCAGCUACGUGAGUUCAGGACAAGUAAGGCUGGAGCGCAUGAUUAGUGAUUAAUGACCCGGUAUCUUGAGCGAGAAACUGAGUGCAUGCCAUUGUUCUCAAGAUUAAGGGCACUAGGUUCAGAGCACUUAGCUGCCCCCCUUUUGUGUUUGCCAUAAGGAGCAGACAGAGGUGCAACAGCGAACUGAGUGAGCACCAGUGAGUUUCUUAGCCCAACAGUUUGGACUCCGAGACGUUUGCAGUCUUCGACGUGUAAUUUGAAUGAUUAGCAUUUGGCAAGAACAAAGAGUGCGAGUUCAAAGCACGCGCAGGCAUCAUGGAACAAAUGCAAACACAUAACGCAGCGCCUAAUUAUAGUGGUAGGUCUCAAACAAAACACAUUCCAGUUGUGGGGUUUUAGCUUUGUUGACGACGAGAGAGUAGAGGUGAGGAAAGGACUCCGACUGACCCUGUGUGACCCGCUUGUGAUUAUCAGACUGACUCAGUCCUUGAAGAAUUUCCAGGAUUUCGGCUUUUUUACAAAGCUGAAAAACAAGCGACCAUUUUUAAGCAGUUUUUCCUUUUUUUGACACAUCAGACAGCGAUGUCGAAGUCUAAAAAUAUCACUUCUGGUCAUUUUCCUCGAUCAAAAUGCCAAGUUUUAUGUUUAUGGAUAAAAUAAUGGAUACUUUGUAUUCAAAGCUCAUUUGCAGUAUGCAUAUUAAAGUCUACAUGAGAGCCUGAAGCACUAUGAAUAAGAAGGGGUAAUGCUAAGUGGGUUUUUCUGGGCAGAAACAGAGCAGAGUCAUGUCCAAAGUGGCAAAGCAGAUGGUUUACCUCCUGUUAGGGGUAUCCUAAUACAACUUUUUUACUUCCGAUACAAUACCGAUAUUGUAGCCGUCAAUAUUGGCUGCUACUGAUAUUAACCCGAUGUUGGCACAAACUUGUGCGUGACAAGUUUAGCUUGUUAGUCCCUUAGUACACACUAUUGCUGUGAUCACAUGGGCUCUGCUGCUAGAUCGAGGUCCUGGAGCGGAGUCUGUAUCGGAGCUGAUAUUGGAGAUUUUAGAUGCAGGCCGAUAUAAUCAGAUAUUUGUUUUUUUGCUGAUAUCAAACCGAUAUCCAAAGUCAAUAUGGAUCGGGACAUCCCUACCUCCUUUGUUGAAAUGAAGCUGCAGAUAAAGUGCAAAAUACAAAAACAAAAACAUGCAGUUCCUCAAGUGUCCACUAGAGGCUGGCCUGAUAACGUCCAUAUUUAUGUCCCUUUUCCUGUUAGCUACAAACUCAGCUUGACGAACGAGUUGUUGAGUUUUGUGAGACUCUUAAGCAUAUAUAAGUAAUAGUAAAUAGAGGAAAUUGAGUAUUAAACUUGUAUUAUGAAGUCUGAUUCACUGUUUAAAGUUGGUGAAAAGACGACAGAAUGUGAAGCUUGAGAGAGAUGAUCGCACCAGAGCCUUCAAUGGAAUCACCCACUUUAAAGUAAGAUUUUAGGGUGAAGUGGACUGAAAAGUAAUAAGCAAUCUCUUUGGAUAUUUGCACAACAUUUUCAGCCCCUGGUGCAGAUGGAGAAAGAGGUUAGUUGGUCAAAUUGGCAGAGAAGUUGCAGCGCCUGGACAGAAUCACAAAGAUGAGCUGAAUACACAAGUAUAGGUUGGAUGUGCUUAAAUGGUUGGAUUGCAACAUCAUGACUCCAAGGAGAGGCUAUAUAUUUUCUAUAUUUUCAUACAGGUGUAUUCAUUUCAGUGCAGCAGCAGCAGCACCUGUGUUAGAGCGGGAAUGGUUGAUUUUGUCAGCCUGCUGCAGCUUGAAAGACUGCAUUCAUCUGUUUCCAGAGCUCUGACUGACACACUGACGACCUGAUGGAGGAGCAGCCUGUGUGUUUUUGUGUGUUUAUGCGCAUGUGUGCAGAGAUAGGACAUAUAAAGGGGUGUAUGAACACACCGAAUGAUGAAGAGUCAAUGCACAGGUCAAAGCCGCCUAUAGUUUGUGUGUUCAUGGACAUGUGAGAGCUGGUGUGUACAUAUAUAUCUAAGGAGCGUGCGUGUAUUUGUGUACCCGAGGCGCAGCAGUAGAAGCGUGUGUUUGCCUGUGGCACAGGUGUGUGUAUGCACAGCAGAGGUUUAUAUAACAAACAGCGUGAUGUAUCUCAGCUGGGAGCACCGUGAAGCUUUUGAAGUCUUUAUACGCCGAAUAAUGGAGGUUAUAUUUACCCAGAAAUGUGUUUUUAAUGCAAAAAGAAUAGAAUUCAACUCAUAUGUCAAUGCUUACGAUCUGUAAAAGCACCAAAACACUCCUCAUUAUGAAAAGUGAACCUCAAAAUAUUCCACACUCCAAGAGCCUAGUUUCCACUCUAUUUACUCGGCUUAAAAUCCUCUCUAAAACAGCCGUUUUCAAUAUUUAUAGGAGUAUAAAUCUGUUAUUUGUUAGCAUAAGUGUCUGCUUGCAAAGUGACAAAAAAAGCCAGGCCGCAGAUCCUUUCAUAAACUUCCUGUGUCAGAGGCAGGAUGUGUUAUAUUUAGAAUUCAUGGUUCUGUUUUGACCAGCGAAGGAUAAUUCUGGCAGCUUGUUAAAGCAGCAGAAGUCCGAUGCUGCCAACACGGGAGAGCUGCAGAACAUUUCCAGCACAAAAGAGGAAGUGGUCAGAUAUCAAAUGCUAAGAGCAGGUAUGUUUACCAGCGAGGCAUCGGUGUCAGCGGUGGGGGUCAGAGGACACGAGAGUCGUGCUGCUAUAAUUGGACGCUCGGUCAUCAGGGAGAGACACAGAUCCUGCAGAGACCACGGUGCUUUUGCACAAAAGUUUAACAACUUUGACCAUUUUAUUGACUCGUAUGUGGUGAAGAAAUCACUAUUUAAACAAGGAGAGUGUGAAGUUUAAAAAUCUAUACUUUUUUUCUUAGAAUAUGGAGAUGUUUGUGGAGAUUUUUGACAAGUUAAAUGAGCAUUUGCAUUACAUACAACCUUAUCAAAAUACAGCCAAGUCGUACUAUCUGUGAGUAGUGGACUAGAAAGGUUUGCGAUCAAUCCUCUGUCAAUAGUCUGAUCAUUAAUUAAUCACUUAGUUCCAACUAGAACAAACUGUCCCUGAUGUAGGGCUGGGCGAUAAACUGAAAAUUUACCAAUACCAAAAUUUACGACUAUAACCAACAUCAUUUUGCCCAUGUCAGUAUAUUCAGUGUCAAAAAAAUAAUGUGUGUAGGUAGGCUAUGGUCUCAUGUCCUUUUAAGAUGCUUUCCUAUGUUGGAGGUGUGACUCCACCUCAUCCAGUCUGUAACAAAGAGGGAAGGACAGGUGAGGAGAUGGGGGACAGUUCAAAAGCUGUAGCGGCUGAAGUAGAUGAAGUUAAUGUGGGAGGGGGUGAGCAGCUUGUGAAGUAGUUAUCGUCCAUUUAUCGUUAUUAAUAUAUGGUGAUUUUGAUUUGAGGCCAUAUCGCCCAGCCCUACCCUGGUGGAUAAAAUUCAAUAAACAUCAUCAUUUCGACAGUAUGUCCGGUAAACGGCACCAAACUUGGAUUCAAAGCCUCCACACAUGAUCUUUGACAGAUUUUUCCCUCCAUCCACCCCCUGUCUUUUUAGCAGGCUGGUCCAAGGACGUGAGAUAAAGAGGGACCUGUUUUCUCUCCUGCGCUCGCUCCCUUACAGAUGGUCUUGGCACCAUCUGUAAGUAUCCUCCUCCUGCUGCCCAGCUUUAAAAACCAGCAGAGUCUGUGUGUCUGACAGCAGCUAAACACAGCACAGCUUCAGUGCCGGGCCACAUGCUGCUUGACUAAAAACCCUGUGUGCUUCCAUCAGGGGAGCAAGGAGAGACAGAUAACAGUCGCGCGCAUACAUACAGUGAAUAAAUCAAGCGCUUGGCGUCCAUUUGUGAUUACCUUUGACACUUUCUCAUGUCCUGUGUUGAACCUGUUGAUCGAUCAGAAGCUCUGCUCUUGACUUUCCUGAGUCCUGUGUCAGCACUGAUGACGAAGAGCUCUUGAGCAGUGGGAAAGUAAUCUCAUGAAUAUUUUUAUACAACUGCAGCAUCAGAAAUGUGUGUAUUUGUGUGAUAUGUGAAGCAUUUUGCAUAAUUAGUGCCAAAUCAGCUGUUUAAGUAAGUUGUAUUAGUUUUUGUACAUUUAAUUUGGAUUUCGAGCAAGCAAGAGUAGAAAAAAACAACAAAAUCCAGGCAUUUUAGGGGAGCAGAAAUCACAGAAAAAUCCUGCAGAAUCCUGGCGGGACUUUUCAGGAUACAAACUCACUCAUGCGCUGCACAAAGAGUUGAGUAUCACAAACUUAGCAAGCCUGGAAGAUCUUGCACAUGCAGCAAGGCGGGAUAUGAAACAAGCUCUAUAUUCUCCUUCCUCGCUGCAGCUCCUCUGAGAAUACCUGCAAAGUUCACUGCGUAAGUAUUAAUUUCCUGCUCCUUCGCAGACAAAAGGCUAUGGUCUUACACCGUGUGCACCUGUGGGCGAACAGCUAAGCUGAGUGAGCAUUAAUAUGAUACAGGUGAAGGGCUGGAAAUGUGGGGCAAAGAGAGAUAUUAGUAGCUGCACUGAUAGAGAGCCAGAUGCCUGAUAGCUUUCAUGUUAUAUUAAGAGUGAGUGAAUGGAGGAGGGUCACAGAGACCUUCUGGAGAGAAUGAGCUUUUGUCACAAUGCUAAUGUCCCCCACGUGUUAAGUGGGCACUGCAGGCUGAGUCAUUUUCAGCCAUGAUUUGGAGAGGAUAUUACAGAGAAGGAAACAGAGGGCCUCUUUGGUUCCAGUUGAAGGUUGCAAUCAGAGGCAGAGGUGGCUGUAAAUUAAAGGAGGACUCCGGGAUGAUGUCAUGAAAACCUUGUCCCAGGGUGUCUUUGUUUGUGUCAGCUGCGGCUUUCGAGCCCGACGUUGAACCGUUCCUUUUUUUGAUGUGAGUUUGCUUUUCUUCAUCCUACAGUCUGAGCUGACAGACAGACAAACAAACAAACACAGGGUUCUUUGGUUUGGAAACUUUGUGACAACCAAAGAAGACGCCUCGCCUUUAAAGGACUGACUCUUUGUGAUCUGAAUUAGCUGGUGGAGACCAAAAGUAGAGUUGUUAGGAACCACUUUUGUCUUUACGUCUUCUUUUUGCUGCCCCCACGUGGCCAACAAAACCAGUUAUUACUGGUUCCAAGAGGCUAAAGGUUGAACAAAGACGAAACCCAUAGACUGUAUAUACUAACUUGGUUCUGCCUCCCACCAAUAUACGGAUUUGAAGCCAACAAGCUCUCGGUAUUCCUGGGAUUUUCUUCACUUCCUGAAACCAACCUUGUGCAGUAACAUUGUGCGCAUUCGGAGGGAGAGUCGCAGGGAGUCGCUGUGAUGGCUCUCGGCUCAAACAGCAUAUCCCCUGGGUGAGCUACACAAUCUUCAUACACCCAUAGGCUGUAUUAAGUGUGGAUCGUAGAAAACAUGAACCCCCUAAUAACUUUUAAAAAUGAUUUGACCUCAAACCAGUCUUACUGUAACUACAUGUCAACAUCACAACAAGUGGGAGAAAAAUUUAUAUUCUCUGUUAUAAAUUUCUAAAGUUUGUCCACAACUCCGUAGGGAUUGCUGGAGGAGGCGGGAUUUGUGACCUAUACUGCAGCCCAUCACCAGAGGGCGCUGUUCUCACGGUGGCUUCACCCAGAGACGAGGCAGACACUGUCCAUUCUAUAUACAGUCUAUGAUCGGAAGUCAAAAAUUUGAAUCGGGACACCCCUAUUUAUGACAACCAAGUACGACACCUCGCCUUUAAAGGACUGACUCUUUGUGAUCUACAUGAGCUUGUGGAGACCAAAAGAAGAGUUGUUAUGGAUCAAUUUUGUCUUUACAUCUUCUUUUUGCUGCCCCCAAGUGGCCAGAAAGCCAGUCAUUACCGGUUAAAAGAGGCUAAAGUUUUCACUUCGUAGGAUUAUUGAUACUUUGUAGAAAACCUUGAAUGUAACGCAAACAGGGUUUGGACUUUUAACUCCGAGAAAGUAGGACAUUUACAGUCCAACCAGUGAUAGUCAUUUAAGGGCCAGAGAGAUCGUUUCAAUGUCCAACAGAGAGAUGAACUGUCCUUUCCAUUUAUAAGCUCUUGUUAAAAAGUUCUGGCUCUUAUUCAUACAGCUGCUCACAUUUGUAUGUACAUGGCCCGACUCCAUUUCGAGUCCCUGAGAGAAGUUUUAGCCUCUGAUAUGUGCUAUUCAUGACACGGGCCCCUCUAUCAGUCCCAGCUGAAAGGAGAAAGUCAAGAUUGUUCCCAUGCUGUGCCUUAGUGCUUUCAGGUUAUUGAAGUUUUUUAGGCGCUGAAUAUGGAACCUGGUUUAUAUAACACUCUUAAAUCUCUCGCUCUCGUUCCCUCUACUCCAAGUUUUCCUCUCAAACUUUAAUUUUCUCUUAAGUCUGAAGGAAAGCGCUGCCAUGCUGCAGCAAUUUUUUCCUGUUUUUCUCUCCCUUUCCUCAGCACCGGAGAUGACUGGAAGGUGAAGCCCUUUUUCCCAGUGUCUCGAGUUUCACAGCUGACAAAGAAUCGAGGCUUUCUCGUGCGUAUCAGGAGCCGUUUAACGGUGCUGAGGAAUUUCCCCAAUUCCCAACCGGUGCACGGGCAAGCAGAGAGGCGCACUGGAGGGUGGAGAAGUCAUGGGAGCUCCUGCUAGUGCGAGAAGGCAGAAAGAGAGUCGGUUACGGUCCAUGAGGCUGGAUACCACAGCACUGAGGUAUUCACUAAGCAGGGCCAUGUUGAAGCCACAUGAGCUCCAGAUUGUUCCCCCUGUCUUUAUGAGUUCUGGCAGCGUCUGGGGAGGAAUUUCACAGGGAGAAGGUUUACAUUAACUUUACAUUAAGUCUGAUCAGGGCCCCCGGAGAGCUGCAUGACAGCAUCAAACAGCCUUUAAUUAUAGAGGGGAAAUAUGUAGUGAUUUGAAAUGAAGUAAAUCAGCUGUAAUGUGGCGAAGCAAAGAAGAAAAUCCAUGUGUUUGAACUGACAUACUCUUGAGGAAGCAAGAUAACUCAGCAGUGUAUGCUAGCCGGGUUUGAAGUGAUCGUUUCAUCCUUAGAGUCAUUUUUCGAGCAACAAGUCAGGAUUUCAUCACAUUUACAGUAUAUAAACCAAUAAUAUUGACGUUUUUUUACUUUUAUUACUAUAAAAGUAAAUAUAACAAACAAGAUAUUUGAAGACAUUUCUUGGAGCUGUUUAGAUUUGUGAUGUUUGUUUUUGGAUGUUGAGACCAAAAUCGGCGUUAAAGCUACUAGAAGGAGUUUGUACACGUUAAUGAAAUAGACUGAAAUCAGGGCUGGGCGAUACGGCCUCAAAUCAAUAUCAUGAUAUAUUAAUAACGAUAAAUGGACGAUAACUACUCCACAAGCUGCUCACCCACUCUUACAUUAACCUCAUCUACUUUAGCCGCUCCAACUUUUGAACCGUCCUCCAUCUCCUCACCUGUCUUUCCCUCUUUGUUACGGACUGGAUGGGGUGGAGUCACGUCUUCAAUGUUGAACAGCAUCCUAUAGAAACAUGAGACCAUAGCCUACCUACACACAUCCAAAACCAACUUUUAUUUAUUUAUUUUUGUGACACCGAAUAUACUGACAUUGUCAAAACGACGAUGGUUAUUGUCGUAAAUUUCGGUAUCAGCAAAUUUUUGGUUUAUCGCCCAGCCAUACCUGAAAUUCACAUUGCGGCCUUUUCUUGAUUUCCAAAGGCAAACAAUAUCAUCAACAAUAACACUGAUGAUUUUUAAAUUGUAGUUUUUAAUGGCUGAAAGUGGUGCGAGGCGGGUAGGUGUCAGCUGAAAGUUUCUCACAGAAAUUUUAAACGAGGGCUGAAGUCCGAUGAAUUCAAAAUUGGUCAAAUGAACUACUUUAAAUGUGGUAUAAAGUUGCUAAUUUCUCGAAGGUGCAAUAAAUCAAGAAUGUUUCACUAUAAAUCUUUAUUACACAACCAAACUGGUACAUUAGUGGGUGAAACUGAGGCACCAUCGGCCCCCUUCUUCCAUAAGUGGUGUCAGCAGGUUUCUUUGUUUUUCCAGGAAACCAUGAAAUCGACUUUCUUCCUGUUGGGAAGCAAUACUGUGAGGGAGGAAAUCAUAGGCGCUCCAUGUUGUGACUUACUGGUCUGUGGAAGGAAAAAACAGGGGCGCCCGUGGUGCUGGUUGAAUAGCACUGUGAUAAGAAAGGCUGGGUUAUGAAUCCACUCUGUAAGCUAAGUCUGCUCCUAGAAUGUGAGAAUCUGCUCUGAUUUGGUUGGAAACAAAAAGAAAUAACUCAUUAGAUCGCUCUUUUUGUUUCUUUGUUAGUACCUACUUUUAUCUUCACGUACCCCGUCCUUCAUCCUCCAACAGCCUCCACUAAAAGUUAUAUCUCUUGGAAAUGUCCUAGUUGUUCAGUACGGAGUUAUCUUCUAUCCCAGAAAGUCAGUGUUUUUGCCCAGCAGAGCCAGUUACCUGACACGUCUGAAGAGGUCUCAUUCUCAGGGCCGUUUACUUAAAUCUUUAUGGGGUUAUAAAGCUGUGCUAAUGCCUCCAGUAAAAGGGUCAGUCUCAUCCUUUUUAAUAACAGUGUUCAGACUCAGAGGAACAAAAAGGGAAAACUCAGCUCUUCACUCUCAUUCUCGAGCCGGUGUGAAAGUCUAGUUGGCCUCUUGUCCUGAGAUGACGGAGCUCAUAAAAGUUUAAUAUUCGGAGUCUCAGAGGGGUCUUUUGGUUUUCGCAGCUGAGAACUCCCAUUUUACGCUGAUUUCAUGAUGAGAAACAUUUGAGGGUAAUUAAUGAUUUCUGCGUUCGACAGCAGCUGUCACCGUCCCAGUGAUGUUCAACUACAGCUUUCAGCGUGCUAGCUGACCGUAAACCACCUGCUCGUGAAAAAACAGCGAGGAGUUAAAGCAACUUGGUAGCUUGGGAAGACGUUCAAACAUCUGAAGAUGGAAGAGACACAGAUGUUUCUCCUCAAAGAGUUGGCAGACCACAUUACAGCUGAGAUAGAUUAAUGCUGGACUCAAAUUUAAGUGUAAGAAAAAGGGUUUCUGCAAGGAGCUCUGAAUACCGCGGUUUAUCCAAAUAAAGUUAUAGAUUAAAGAUGGAAAAACUCAAACAGGGUAUAAAGUGUCGAGUUUUUUUUUUGUUUGGUCUGUUUAGAGCUGAGAAAAAAAACUCUCAUGUGGUGAACUUGUGAGUAUUCAUGUCAGCACGUUGGUGUUUGUGGGAUUUGGUCGACAAUGGAGCUCUGUAGUACAGAGGAAUAAGCUACAUCAGCCGCAUGCUAUUUACCUUUUAGUCAGAUUAAAACAAGAUAAAGACAUAAUGCUCAGAACUUGUCUUUUAAAGAGUUCAUAAGUUUCAUAGUAGACACUUUUAGCAGCAAGAAGGCCAGUAAGUGUGUGCAUGGUGUAUAAACCCCUGAAAGUUUGUGCAGGAAACCCCUCAUACCCCCGCCCACCCCCCUUUAUGGAUUGGCCUGAGCCCUGUGGAAUGUGGCGUAUGCCUUUCGAUGUCAGUCGGACGUUUGUUUUGGAACCGGAGACGAUAUGAAUCUGAGCCGAGCGCAGCCACAUGCUCAGCUCACGGGGAGGGGUGGGAGGGGCGGCGUUUCUACCUACAGAGGAUAUGUGACCUAAUCCUCGAGGAGCCGGAAGAAAAUGAAAAGCGUCAAGAUUAAAUUUCCUCCGAUUAUUAAAUGUUGAGCCUUGAAGGGAGAGGAAAAAAAAACGCAUCUCGAAGAAAAUGUCUUGUCACAGAUUUCUCCUCAGCUGUUUAUUUCCUGGAUUAUGUGUUUAUUAUUUGUGGAUCGACGACUUCAAUCAAUCAAAAUGUCAUUAAACAGCAGCAAAUACAGGUUUAAUUUCAGGAUGUUUGACCUCAUAACUCUGGUGAGGACUUUCAGACUGCUUAUGACAGAAUGAAAUAAGUACUCAUACCAUGUGGGUUAUUCUGACAGCGUGAGAUGGGACAGAUUUUGGCCCUAUUUAAAAAAAUAACCCCCUAACUGUACGUAAUGCAAAUUUCUAGCGCUGCAAAGAUUCAUCGACUACAAAAAAACUGUUGAUGUAAAAAAUGUAAGUGUAACGAGUUGUGUUAUUGUAAAUCACACACCAGUCGCUUUAUGCUCAUCUGUAACUGCAGUGCACACAGGAAGUGCUGGGGGCAGUAUGGAUCAAUAAUACAUGUAUUAUGGGGGAACAAACAAACGAAGAGGCUCAAAAGCUCAAAAGUUUGGGAACAUUUCACAGAAAAUGAACCAGCGAAACACGUUAAACGCAAACUCUGUGAAGUUCAGCUCUUAUUUCAUGGUAAGAAUGAACACCUCAAACAACGACACCCUGGAGCCGCUGCAUCAUCAUGUAUCGCAGAGAGAUGAGUUUACAAAUAACCUCGUAGAUAUUUUUAAAUCACAUUAACCAAUCAUUAGUCUAUGACGCAAGUACAAAAUAUGUUUGUGUUGUAUCGGGAGAAGCUUGCUUAGCGAAUGCUAGUUCACCUCCGUUAGUGUUUGCUUUACAACAGUCAUUGUUGAAUUACAGGCACAGCUGCUUUGACAUUCUUAAUUUCAGCCCCUGUCCAUACUAGCGUUUAUAAUCAUGUGAAGGUUAAACAGAAACAGGUGCUAACGAAGAUCGCAUCGCAAUAAAUUAUUAUUUUUAUUUAAAAAUUCUUAUCCAGCUAAAAAGCCCCUCAGAUUUGUGUUCGUAUCGGCCUGCACACGAGGCGGAUUGUUAUUAAACUUCAAAAAUGUAUAUUAGACUGUUUUAAUGUAACCACAGUAGGGCUGAAACGAUUCCUCAAAUACCGAGAACCUCGAUUACAAAUAAUGAUCGAGGAAUUUUUCUCUGCCUCCAGUACUCGUUUAUAAGCUCAAAUCGUCACUGUUUGACACAAUGCACUUAUGUCACCACGGUAGAGGGAGGAGUAAGCGCUGUUUAGGUUUUGCGGAGCGGAAAAAAUGAAUGAUGAGAGGGGCUGUUCUUGCUGUGUUGCCAACCUAGCCACUUUCCUUACUGAGGAGUUGGCAACACUGUUUUCUUAUGCAGAGCUCCAGUAGCUCAUUAGCACUUAGCCUCUGUGUCGUGGGUGGAGACAACGCUGCCCUGCAAACUUCUCGUCAUGCUAGCUUGUAGCCUAACAAUGCUGGUGUCGUAGCAGAAGCAGACACUAAUGUCUUUAGGGGCAUGAUGAAAGUUAAUAUCAUAAUUAGCUUUCUUACGAGCAUAGCAAUCCGCUAACGCACACGCUUGUUCCGCGAUUGUCCUCUAUUUCUCAGUCUGGCCUUCAUUGUGAGGCUAUAGGAAAUCUAACUUUAUGUGAGUCUGGCGUUUUGGUCCAAUUACUCGAAUAAUCAAUACAAUAUUCGGUAGAAUACUCAAUUACUAAAAUAUUCGAUAGCUGCAGCUCUAAACCACAAUAAACCUACUGCUGUCACACAUGGUUUAGUCCAAAUAUUAGCGUUUUUUCCUUUGUAACGCUUGAGUAUUCGUCAACAAAGGGUGCCAGUAUUGACUCGCCCCCUACAGGAGCUUGAAGAGCUGAUCUUGGAUGCAUUAUCUAUUAUAGAUAAACAACACUGGUCCACCACUGAAAAAGCGUUUGGCAGCUUUGGCAGGAAAAAAACUUUGUUUUCACAGGCAGAACUGGACUGAAUGGUUGACAACCAUCUGUUACGAACAGCAGGCCAAGAAAAUGGAAUAGAGGGAGAGACAGAAAAAGAGAGAGAGAGACGGACGGACUCGCUCCAAAAGAACAACAAAUAAAAGAAACUAACUGCAGCAGCGGCAUCAGUGAUGACAGAAACAUGAGAAAUACCAGCAGAAAAUAUAGUAAUGAUAACAUUAGAUGGAGGAUGUAACAUAUAUGUAUACAAGGCAUGUAGAAGUCGACAUGGAUAGGGAGGAUGUGGCAUUUAUCUGGAGUGUUUGUACUUUCUUCAGUUCAGGGUCAAAAGCAGAAACUUGUGCGGUUAAACGAGGAGGCGACAUCUAGAAGCACACAGUAAAUGUCAACUCCAAGACUAUUGCUCUUUCUUUAUCUCAGGCGCGCUCUUUCGCAUUUCCUCUCUCUGCCCUCUGUCUGUCUCUUUCCUAACCACCCACACAAACACACACACAUGCACACACACGUGCACAAAGCCACUGUUACCCACCACAACUCAGCUGGAGUCGCUCCAGACCUUAAGGGCUCAGGGAGAGUUUGAUUUGUGUUGACUUCCUGCAGGAACUCCCCCUCUCCUCAGCCCGCGGCUCAAAGACUAUCAAUUAGUUCCUUAUUAUGAUCCCUGGGAGGGCAAUAAAAGUUAGAGUGGGUUCAAAGAGCACAAAAGCAGACUCACACACAGACACACAAACCUUUUUUUGGCUGUGUUGUUAGAGUUACAGUUUGGAAAGCCUCUCUUUAAAUCUUGUAGGUGUUUUUUUUUUACAUCCUUUUCUUCCCAUCUCCGCUAUCUAAACAAUCUCUCUUCGGCUGCCAAUUAUUCCCUUCCAGCAGGUGUUUGUGGGACAAAUCUAAUAAACUCCCACUGUCUGUUUUUUUAAUAUCUCUUAUAACACCAACUCAGAUCCAGCUGUUAUUCAUACUUCCUCCAUGAAGGCUGCAGCUGUCGAUGGCCACUGCCGGAUGAUUUCAGAGGAGCCAAUCUGUGUCCCCUUAUAGCUGCCAAGCUCACUUGCACUCAUAUUUUCCUGUCCUCCUUUAUUGGUGUCCACUCUUGAGAGCAUCUGGAAAGAUUUGCUGGAGUAACAAGAGGAAGUUAUUUUUUAGACCACUGUAAGACGUCAUGUGGAGGCGCUUCUUCGGACAAUAACUUCCUCUAUUUGAAAACAGAGGGUUUAGAGAGGAAUCCGUUUGUACAAAACUUAAUGUUUUGUUAAUGUUUUAACUUUUAAUUAAGAAGUUUUUUGGACACUUGUAAAAUCUAGAUCAAAUUAAUGGAAUACAGGGCUAUAGAAUUGAGAUCUCGACAGUAUAGAGUAUUAUAAAGAGAAAUUUUGCAGUUGUACAUUUUCAAGAAGUGAGAAUAAGAGUGGAAAAAUACAAUUCACAUGCCGUAUAAUUACCCUAAUUUUGGUUUAUUGGUUUUGUUAAAGACAAAUAAACAAAGGUACAUAUAAGAAGAGGUGAAAAAAUAAGACUUUCAGUAUUAACUUAUGAAUUUGGAAGAAUAAAGUCAUAAUUAUUGUAGAAGAAAAUCUUAGUUUUACAAGAAAAGUCUUAUUUUUAUCAUAAAAAAAGUCUCAGAGUUUCAAAAGAGAAAAGUUUGAGAGGAAAUAAACCACAUUUAUUAAAGUAGUUAAAAUACAACAAAAGAAAAGUAAUAAAAUUCAGGGUAAAAGUAGAAAAAAUAUUGUAGUAAAGCAAUAAAUUAGUCAGAAUUAAGUUUUUAUCCAUGCCAAAGAAGUGUCCUUCGACAAAAAGUGUCAUCUGCUGAUUUUUGACAGUUUACUAAAUCACUUUUUGUGAAAAUUUCAGAUGGGAAAUGAAAGAAUUAAAAAAAAAAUUACUGUAUGAAAUAGUCAGUCUUGUUGUUGAUGGUCUUGUUUGCUUUUAUAGACCAGAAAAGGCUUCAACAUGAAUGUCAAAAAACUCCUCACAGGAGCUUUAAGUUGUAAAGGGCUCACAUUAUUGUCUCCUUUUCCUUUUUAAUUACCUAAUCCAUACAUUAUCAAUGUUAUUAGAUAUUUUUAAGAACAAAAUAAACUUUAGAUAAUCUAAGACACUUCUUCUGUGAGGGGGAAAAUUAUAAAAAUCAUCAGACUUCUCCACACACUGCUGCUCUUGUCUUUCCUCCUCUCCAGCCCUAGUGGGAGGACACCCCUCAUGCCCCUCUCGGCCCACCUGCCUCCUCUCUAAAGUAUCCUGUCUGUAGUGAAGUGGUAAAGUCCAAGUCAGGAGGGAGGAAGAAGCGGAAAAAGAGUCAAGUUUGUUGACAGUGGAGUUCAACAGGGCGGAGCACAGAUCCUGUCUCUUGGUGAACUGACUGUGUGUGUGUGUGUGUGUGUGUGUAUGGAUGUGGCCCAAGUGGAGGAGAUAAAGUGAAAGCCAGCAGUCUGAUCUGCCACCUUAAAGAACUUUGUUAAUAAGGGAUUAACAGACUCUGUCUCAAUCUCUGUGUCUGUGUCUCUUUCACAGAAACCAAACCGCCUCGUCUUACCAUUGAGUUUAGAUGCGGAUAUUUGUCUGCCUGGCUGAAAUAAUGAGAUCUGAUUUCCCUCACCAGACAGACAAAAGCACACGAUGCACUAUCACAGUAUGCAUACAGAAACGCCUCGGUAAUUGUAAAAGUUCAGCAAAUAGAGAGGCGGAGAGAAGCCCUCAGCGCGCCACACUCAAGUGAGAGCUGCAUGUUAAACGAGUGUUUGUGCUUAACAUGAAUAAUUUAGUCAAAGUCACAUCUUCAGAUUGCGUGUUUGCUCAAAAAAGUGAAACUAAAGGGGGGAAAACCAGCUGGUUUAUCGGCUUUUAAGCCGUAUUCUCCACAUUUCAUGGUUUGCUUGUUUUACAAAAUAAGGCAGUUAUAGAAUUCACUGUAAUGUGAAGAAAUGGUCAAAUAUCAGAGGACAACAUUUACAUCAUAACUUUUCUACUUUAUUUACCAGCUUCUGUGGUAGUAGUUGUAGUAUUGGCUGUACAAAAAUGUGGACGGUGUGCCCCUGUUAAAAGAAGUGAAGCUAAAAUACAGCCUUAGUUGGUGAUGGUGUAUUAGAGUCAAGGCAUGCACAGAAGCAUGAGGGAAAAUGUGUAGACGGGUUCCUUGUGUACAAACAGUACAAGGUGUGUGUGCAACCAUGGGGCAAAAGCCUGCUUCGGAGUAAAACUGAUAUCAAUGAAGACGCCAUAUUGUUUGCAAGUUCUCCCUGACACAAUUGCAAUAAAAUGUCAUUUCGUUGAAAGAUCGCUUUGUCUUUCAUUGCAUCAAAAUCAGAAAAGCGCUUGCUGAAAUAUCCAUCAAUUCCACUCACUUUACCAGGUUGUGACGUCGUUUUAGAUGUUUCUAAUAUCAGGAGCGGGGUCGUCAUGUUUGCCGAUUGUUUGUUUUGCCGAUUCAUGCAGUUUACAGCACAACAGCUCCUUGUCAGUUUCUUUCUACUACUACUCAAUAUAUCGUGAUAUUGAUUUGAGGACGUAUCAUCCAGCCCUAAGUUAUACCAUAGCCAAUCAUCAAGGGGGAGUGAAGGGGUUGGCAUUUCUUCUAUUCUUAACACUAACUGAUUUGAGAUUUCGCGUAACUGAUCAUUUGUCGGAAUAAUCCUCAAGUGUGUGGUGUCAGUAUCUGUUUUACUGCUCCCUCACUUGGGAUCAUAUCAAAACAUGUUCAAUAUACGAAUCCAGGUCUUCAUGAUAUGGGAUCAGAUUCAGAUUGGUUGCAGUCAUUCCCACUGUACGUUAGGUGACUGUACUUGGAAAGCAGAUAGGUAUGCUGCUUUUCUCUGCUGUGCUUCUGUCUGAGCUUCCCGCAGCUCCGAGGUAGACUUAAGGAAAUACUUAAGAGCAGAGACAGCGGCAGACUGAUGAAGGCGGAUCUGAGAUUCAGUCUGUCUGCCAGCCUCCAUGCACUUGUUUCCAUCUUUUUUUCCCCCCUUCUCUGAAGUCCUUCUAUGAUGUGCGUCUGUGUAUUCGUCUCACGCCUUUCAGAUGUGAGAGCUGGAUAAGGGUUUGUGUGUGUGUGUUAGUGUGCGUCUGUGUUGGCACAUAUGUGUGUCCCAUGGGUGCUUUCAUGGACAUGCAGAUGCUCAAGUGCGAGUGUGAGUGUGUGUGUGCGUGCAUUCCUUUGAGGAGCGCUAUUUCCCCCGGCCUGGCUCGGAGUUAUGCUAAUAUUUGUUUUGUUAGAAGUGGAAGCGGUGUGUACACAGGGGGGAAUCAGGAGCCCAGGGUUGCUUCAGAUGACUCCAUUUUCCUUCAUGAAUCCCCUCCAUCCAUCUCUUUUUAGAAAGGAGGGAAAGAUGCAAACACUCCACCGUCACACACAUACUGUAAGGAUGAUCCAGUGCUUUUUAAACGCCUGGCAGGCAUGUGUACGGUGGUUUUGACAGGCUUUUAGCAGAGCAACCUCCAGGCUUAAGGACUGUCUACGGCUGUGGGUUUUAUCUCUCUCCUCCCCUCUCAUUCCUCUUCUUUCUGUCCCACUUCACAGCUCUUUUAUCUCCCACUCUCCCCUCCCCGAUCCUUACUUCUCUGCCUCUUUUUCUAUCUUUGUUUCACUCAGUCUUGGUUUGCAUUUCUACCUAUCCUCUUUGUAUUUAAAGGUCAACCAGACAGACAGACAGGCGGAUGACUGGACACGCUGACAGUGUUGGGACUGCCCUACCACCAGUUUAUCAGUUCAUUAGCGGGCAGAGAUGCCAGGAACAGCAGCUCUUCUCACAGCUAAUAGAUGUCGCAUGCUACUAGCUCAUUAUAUCAGCUCACCCUCCUUCUUGGUCGUGUGUCUGCCUCUCACCGUCUUCUGGACGGACGGUGUAGGAUCUGCUUGUUAGUGUCCAAAUGAGGAUGUUUUUCUGUGUCCUUGAGUGUGACUGUACAAGGGGACAAGUUUCACACUUUAAUGAUGAGGAGAAUCACAAGGCCAGGACAAAGACAGUUGUGACUUAUUUUUUUGGCUUUUAUGUGACAGGAUAGAAAAGGAGAGAGCGAGCAGGCGGCUGAAUAUGAACUGAACCCAGGCUGCUUGUGCAUAUGGGACACCGCUCCAAUAAUAAUAAUAAUAUUGUAUUUCUCGGGCCAUAAGGGGCACUUGAUUGUAAGGCGCAUUAAGCAAAACAACACGGUCCGGUAAAUCAAACUUAUCUAACUCAGUUGUAACAACAUAUCCUGUCAAUACAAGUGUUCACAUCAGCGACAUUUUCAGUGUCUGAGUUAAACAGCGGUGCGAUUUCAGGAUCAAGCAUGCCAGGAUCCCUCUCGUCAUUAUCCGAGUCAGUCUCGUUGCUGUUACCGGUGCUUGGCUGGUCAGUGAUGAUUCCAGCUUUUAUGAGAGCUCAGACAACAGUUAUCGUAAUGCUCCAAAUAUUUGAGCGCAGAUUUUUGAGCGCAUUGUACCUCAUAAAAUCGGUCAGUAAGCACAACAAGUAAUUAUACAUAAGGUGCGCUUGAUUAUAAAGCGCACUGUCAAUUUUUGAGAAAAUUUAAGGUUUUUAAGCGCCUUAUAGUCCGAAAAAUACAGUAAUAGUAAAUGAUAAAAUAAGUGCUCCUUUUGGCCAACACUGACAAGAUUACCUGCAAAGUCUACAGUGAAAUGUACCUUAUUGGCAAGAGUGUGCAUGCGUAUAAAAACUACAUCUGCUUUGAAAGUAGCCAUGAUUUGCAGACACAUGUGGAAAACUAAUAUACUUUUCCAAAGUCCUUGGUUGACCACCGUGCAGAAAAGUCGAUGAAGUCCAAUAACCUCCUUUGAUUUCAUCCUUUCUUUGGUUUACCUCUCGACUUUCUCUUGCGAACUUUCUGGAGUUUUCAUAAGUCUCUCAUGACGUCAUGAUGGUGUUUGUGUCUCUUGGUGCUGAUGCUUGCUGCUGACUUUUUGUCCUUUGGCGAUCCGUGCUGCACAAGUUUUGUAAACUGCAACUGCAUCAUCAACCUCAGAAACAGAGUAAAGUUUUAAUAUCUGUAACUGUCUUGUCAGCUUGUUCAAUUGCUCUGUGACUGUUUGAAUUCCUAACUUCUGUUUUUAUUGGAUAAAAUGUUCUUAUCCGAAUAUUAAAUAGAAAUUGAAUCGUCCUGUCAUCGACUCAUAGGUAAUCAGACAGCUAUUGAUUACCUCCAGUUUUCAUACGUUUUGAUACCAUAGGUCCUUCUUUUGAAAUGAGUUCUUCAGUUUAGUCUGUUCAGACGGAGCUGUUCUGAGUCCUUCCAUGAAACGGUCUGGUAUGUCUUGACAACAGAUCGUUGCUAUAAAGAGUGGACUUGUUGCUAGGGAUGCAACACUAUAAUCACAGACUGUGGGAGAUUAGCUGUAAUCAUAUCAGCCUUGAGAAAGACGUCUGGUUAUUUUGAUGAUGGUUUGUUUUUUUGGGGGAGAAGAAUUCCUCCAAACUGACGUAAACACUGAAAGAAACAGUUAGAAACACGGUGAAGUAUCCGGUCUGAUAGAUGGAAAAGAAAAUAUCAAACCCCAGCGGUGACGUUAGCCCUCCAUCAGUGGUAAUGUUCAGCUUAAUUCAACGUGACUGCUGAGUUAGCUCUUUUUGAGGGAGUAAACAGUUACUAUGGUAACUCAAACUGUUGGCAUUACACACCAUUUUCAACAGGAAAACUGUGUCAUUUCUUAGUCAGAGAAGUCUUUCCCAUGAAGUAACCAUGUAAGGAGUGGGAUAAUGUAAUGUGAGUCAUAGUUUACAAAGUUAGCAUGACCCACAAAGAAGCAAAACCCACACAGAGUUGGGUUUGGUUUCGCCCUGAAGGCUCAACAAAGUUCUGGGUAAGAAGAUAAUACCCUGAAAUUCAACACAGCAAAACUUGACACAACUGUUUUAAGACUUAAAUUGGUGAUUCUGCCUCUCUGGAUUAUUGGCACUUCAACUUCACACCAAUUAAUCUUAAAUUCAUUAACUCUGAGCUUUGAUUUAUGGUGUUGUGUUGCUAACUUGAAGCCAUGUAAACAAACUUUAUAAUGGGUUUUGUUCACCUCUCUUUACGAUCAGGUCAGUGAGCUCAUGAUCACGCAGUGCUUUUCUUUAAUUAACGGUUUAUGCCUCUAUGAAGCUUUCCCAAGAAACAAAUCACAUAAUAAAGGCCAUAGUGUUAUUAACAGCAGGUGGAGUAAAUGUCUUUCUAUUCUUAUUUGUGGACCUUUUCUUUCUUUGGUGUUAAUAAAAGCUUCAUUUCAGCGCACGCACUGUACAUUAGACUUGAACUGUUAAGUAGCAGCAGCAUGUAUGUGUCUCCUCCUCCUCCUCCUCUUCCUCUUCCUCCUCUCUCUGCCACAUUGCUGCAAGGCCUCUUCUUUCUGAGUAUGGUCUUUUUUUAGCUUACUGUAAGGUGUGCUGCCUGAGCUGAAGAAUGACACAUGUCAAAGCAGGGCCAGGAGGGAAAGCUGAGCUUCAUUUUGAAGAGCAGCCGAAUGUCUGUGACGCAUUUUAUUUCCUGUAUUCGAUCGUGCAAUAACGCAACCCUGUAAAUCACUUCGUAAUGAGGCGUUCAAGAGGUAAAUAAUUAAAAAUCCUUUUGUGCACCUGUAGUUUUUCUGUGGAUUAAAUGAUUUCUAAGCUGAUACAUUUUGAGUUAAAUGCAACCUUUCUCCUUGUAUGCACACCAUAAAACAUUGUAAUAGCGAUAAACUUGACAUGGAUUCAGCUGCGUAAUCUUCUCACCAACUUUAACAACAAUCUGUAAGCUUAAAAGUAAGCCCUCAGAAAUCUUUAUUCACCCCAUUAACGAUAAAACUCUUUCUGUUAGCUGCUAAAGAAACGGUUGUUGUUCAAGUUGUUUUCACAGUCACACAAAACAACAGAUCAGCUUUUAUAUUAAAUGAUUCAAGAGCUCAAAGACAAACUCAGAAACCGAUGUUUAAAGAUUCUUCAAUCCUCUACACACCAAAAGGAGAAGUUGCUCGAUGCGAUCUUUCUGAUUGGAUCUAUCAGAGCUUUUCCUGACCAAAAACAACAUCUCUUCAGAUUAGAGUUGCUGUCCCACAGUAAAAAAAAAGCAAACACGAAAAGUUUGACUUCCACAAGGUUGCAUUCGACAACUAACUUUUUUCUUUUUUGUUGUUAUCCUGUUGUCCACUUUGCUUUACUUGUGCUGAGAUUGAUGUCUGGUUCAGCUCAGACUCUGCGAUAAGGCCUGGAAGCAGACACUACCUGUAAAUGUCACUGGGUUGAUAGAGAGAGUAAAGUUUAUCUGGAUGUUUGUGUCUGCACACGUGUGUGUGUGCGCGCGUGUGUGUUAGCGAUAGAGAAGGACAGCUUUAUCGAGUUUUAACUUGGUGCAGCGACAGACACACGUGCUGUGUGUUUGUGCGCCUGUGGUCAGAUGAAGUGAAUGAAGUUUAUCGAGGUCAGACGCGCCGUUUCCUCCGCUCUGAUCUGAUUUGUUGUGGCUGCGUGGAUUGUUUCAGUCGAAAAGCUUUAAUUCCAACACUGUCCAAGCCGUUAAAACAUAAACAGAGACAGGAGUGAGCAGAUCUGAGUGUCUCUGUGCUCAUCUGAAGAGGAGCAUAACCUGUGACACUUGGGUUAUUACAUGUCAAAGGGCACCAACAUGAAAAGUAGAUUUGAUUUCAAUAAUAGAAAUAUUCAUUAUUUGCAAAACUGACCUGUAAUUCUGGUGCCAGGCAAAGGGGAGACUGUUAAAUUGUAGAAACAAGGACAAAGAGCUGAACAGAUGACCUUCAACACAUCCAAUAGGCAAAUGCGUUGAUUCAAACCGCUCUCGUCUGUGUUGCAAAGUGGUUUUCUUCUUCCUCUGCCAAACCACUUUGCAGCCUUCAUUCUAUUCAGCUCCUCUUUUUUUUAUGCUGCCAUCGACGCUCUGCUCUGUAUUCUGGAGGGUCAGUAUUUCGUGUUUGCAUAUGGAAGGACAAGGAGCUCUCAAAACAGAGCCAUGCUGCGAAAUAGGGGUGGGCGAUAAAUGAUAGCUCACGAUUUAUCUUCAGAAAACCGAUGAAAAUUUGCCACGAUGAAUGCAAGUUGAUGCCGUGAGUGCGAACAACUGACUCGCAGCCGUUCAGAAGAGUGCCAUCGGGUAUAUAAAUGUUGAAAGUGUUUUCACAUUUCAGACUUGUUUGAUGUCAAUAGUUUUCUCCAUAACCUACCACCUAAACUUGUGGGCUUUUAUCGUAGGGUGACAUGUCCUCUUUUUCGGGGGCUGUCCGGGUUUGUCCGUGGUAAGUUUCGAUUUUGUGUCACAUGGACUUUCUGACUUAGAAGUGCGUAAAAGACACUCGAAAAAUUAACUUUGUGCGACUCUGUGACUCUGCCCUGCGUAGUCGUGUCCUCUUUUUGGGAAGUCAGAAUAUGGUCACCCUAUUUUAUCGUUAUCGCCAGAAUGGCAAAACUUAUCGUAAACAUAUUUUAAGUCCAUAUCGCCCAUCCCUACUGCUAAAUAGGCCCCGGCUGAACAAACUUCCAGCCAGACAUUUUAUUUGGAACAGAUUUAACUAAGUUUAUCAGAGUUUAUCUGAGUCAUGCAUUCAACUGCUUUUUUGUGCUUUUUGUACGACUAUAUAUAUUUUCCAUUUGAGGUUAAAUAACAACCUUGAAUAUGUUUUUAAUUUGAAAAGCAAAAAAGCAAAAAAAAAAAGACUGAUGUAUAGAGGCUACAAGUGAAUAAGGUCUUUUGUGAGGAAAAACUCAAUAGUUUUAGCCUGCAUGGCAUAAAAACUUGAAUGGACUGAAUAUCUUUUAAUUUUGAGCAAACUAAACAAAGCACUCACAAACACCGGCGUGUCCUCUGGGCUUUUUCAUACUGUUUAUUUACACGUUCGCUAAAAAUUGAUUACAUGCUUUUAAUUCACCUCGACUGUUUUUCGGUUUCAAAAGAGAACGGGGAAAAAAAGCAUUACUGUGUUUUUAAUUCAUCAUCUUUUUCACCCUAUAAAUCAGGUGAAAGUCUUAACAUUGCUACUGUCACCUCUCUGAAUUGUAGUUUAAUUGCCCCUGAGGGGGUUCAAGCUUCAUUGUCGAUUCUUAAAGGUUUUUUCUUUGCAUGUUUCCAUGCAUGUCUGUGAGGUGUCAUUUUACAUGCUCAAUUGCUCCCUCUAAUGUGUGUGUGUGUGUGUGUGUAUGUAUAAUCAAUGAAUCAAUGAAUGCUUGCAUACAUUUGUAAAACAUGUCUAGUCAUGCAUGUGUGUGUGUGUGGCCUCUAUCUCAUUAGUGGCUUUUGUCACGGUUUGAUCUGUGGCCUGCCUCUUUUCGGUUCAUUGUGCUCACAUCGCCUCUGCAUAAAGACCUGCAGACCGCAUGCACCGAUGAAUCAGUUAGCCGGCUGUUGCAGUCGAGGGGGGUUGUGUUCGGGGGAAGAAGAAGGCAAGAAAGGUUAAGAUAAAGUUGCUUUGAACAAAUUCUGUCUUUGAUCAGGCGGCUCGGCGGUGAAAGGCCUUUCUCUCAAAAGUCAGAGGCAGCUGAGAGGAGAUGGAGAUAUGCAUUGUUGUGUUUCAUCUCGCCUCUGUCUCUCUUUUCUUUCUUUCUCCUGCUGUUGUAAGCUGUGUGUACUGCCUGCUUCUUUGUUAUGGAGAGUACCAGGCCUCUCUUUCAUGACGCCACACAAACUCACACACAUAUGCAUAUACAAUGACUUGAAAGCACCACUGAACACGCUCAUUGUUCGAGAUACUGAGUGUAACUGGUAAUGCGGAGAUGCAACAGGGAUAUGACCAGAUGAGGCGUUUUCUUUGGUCUUACUUGAACUGCUGGUUCGUAGUUAAAAAGAGAAGGACAAACUAUUUCAGAAGCCACAAUUUAUCACUAAAUUCACGAUAAAUCGCAUUUUAAAAAUCCAUCAUAUUGUGUAUUUAUUCUAGGUUGGAUCAUGGGAAGAGUGCAGCAGUUAGAAACACUGAAAACUUUCUUAACGGUUCAACACCGAUUGAUGAUUCAGCUUCAGAUUUAUCAGCUCAGCCUCUUCAGAGCUGCAGAAACCAGCUUAACGGGAGCUUUCGACACUCGGGGAUGAUUUAUUGAGGGGUUCCUCUUUUGUGCUCUCUUUCUCUAAAGCAGGGCUAUCAGUAAAGGAGGCAGAACAGCUGACCACAGAUUGGUGAGCAGGAAUUGAAUAGAUGUUGCCAUGGAUGCAUUUGCAGCUAUUCUAGUCACACACUCUACAAAACAUAUAAAUAAUUCUUUAUCUGCACUUAUAUUUGUGGGAAUUUGUAACCCCCAUGCAUUUAUCUGGCUCUGUAAGCCAAUUAGCGUGAAAGCUGCAUUUUUCUUAUCUUAUUUCUCGUUAAAAUCCCCGCACACAUCAUGUGAGGUGCUGCUUUUUAAACAAACAGGCUCUGUGAAAGUGCGGUCCUUUAAGCCAGUAACUCCAUUAAGCUGGAACACAAACAUUCUCACCACUUAGGUCCGUCGUCCCGACAACAAAGCUGUGGGAGGGCUGACACUUUCUGAUUGGACAAUCACCUGUAAGGCCGCACUUCAUCCAGAUCGUACAACCUCAAACUGGAAGUUGAAGUGUUACUCGGCCCCAUACCUCAACAAUUACCGGCACAUUGCAGUAGCAUUAAAACAUUCCUUCAUGCUCCUAAGAGGAUAAAUCCUGAUUACUUAGACAUUGCUAAGAUACUUUAAAAGCAACAAGAUGCAUUUCCACAAGUUUUUGUUUUACCACGUUUAUUCAGGCUCCCCAGACAAAAGUUCAGAGUAGAACGAUAGAGCAAAAGUCUAAGAAAACCAAAAACUUUCACAUAAUAUUCCCUUGAAAUGAUCAUUCAUACUCCCCAGAGGAUAAAUCUUACAGUCUUUAAGGCUCUAGAACCAAGUCCAGAGACUAUUUAAGACAUUUGAAUAGUGUGUGGGAAAAUAUCUAAAGACAAACAGUAUAGACUGCAAUUUAGUCAUUCGUGCUCCCCAGAGGAUAUAUCUCAAAUCCAUGGUAGUACCAUUAAGCAACAAUCUGAGAUAAUUUAAGACCUCAAUAUAACGUUGAGUAAUAGUAACUCCACAAUUACAGGGUGAUUUCCUUACAUGGUGGUGAAAGUUAAUAGUCAUUCGUGCUCCCCAGAGGAUAAAUCUUAAAUCUAUGGUAGUUCCAUAGAUCAAAAGUCUAGGAUAACCAAAGACUGGAACAUAAUGUUGAGUAAUAGUACCUCCACAACUACAGGGUGAUCUCCCUUGAAGUUAACAGUCAUUCAUGCUCCCCAGAAGACAAACUUAAAAUACGUGUUCAUUCUGUAAAGAAAAGUUUCAGGCUCUGAAAUGUGUCAGAAUCAGGAGACUACUUAAGACAUUUGCAUGUUGUUGGAUGGAUUGCUGCUAAAUCAUUCAUGUUCCCUAGAGGACAAAUCUUGAAUCGACAGAAGCAAAAUUUCGGGAGGAGACAAAAUGAAACACAAAAAUUGUGUUUAAUGGAUGGAUUAUUGUAAAGUUUUGUUUGGUCCUUCAUGCUUUCCAGAGGAUGAAUCCCAACCUAAAGAUCAUAGAGUAGCAGACUUCGGCAUUGUGUUUAGUUGACUAUUUCAACUACAGAAUAUAUUAGCUUAAAAUUUGGAACAGAAAUCCUUUGUGCUCCAAGGAUAAAUUUGAGUGACUUUUUCUAGCGCCACCAGCAGGCCAAAGUUUGUAUUACCUGGAGGCACAAGCUGAGAAAGCUAUUAUUUGUUUUUAUUUGAAACUCUAAAUUGGUGUUCCGUUACUGAAGUUUGCACUCGGUCCCAAACGUUGCUGAUCCUGAGCGUUGCCUCACAGACCUGAUUCUUCGUCUCGCUUGAGAAGAAGCUCUUAAAGCUCCAAAGUAAAACACGGACUGAUCUGUUGAUACCAGCCGUCUCAGAGGCAUACACUCAGCCAGACAUUAGUGUCUGCACUGUGCACUAAUUCCUACUUUACAGCAGAUGCAAGAGAAAGAUUGUUAUUUAGGCUGUCUAAACUACACAAAGCUGUUUCAUAAUGGCGAAUUUAGCAAAGAUUUGUGCUGUUUACUAUGAACUAAUGAUACGAGCUUUGAAUUGCCACCCAAGAGGAUUUUAUGUUUGCCAAUUAAAAGAAUAAUCACCAACCCGCUCAGAAGAGGCUUGUGUUAAAUGAUUUAACGGCUAGAAUAAAAACAAAAUACUUGCAGAGUGAAUGUGUGCUGUGCGUAAACAUUAAAAGCUCUGCACUUUGUCGAUUUUAAGUGGAGCAGAAUCUGAAGUCGAGUCUCACCGCCUUGUUAUCUUGUUUUCUCUUGCAGAUAGCAGAAGCUGCCAAGACGUCCUCUCAGACUGAUGACUUGUACUUGGAUGACACAGGCUCAGGAGGCUACUACCCUGAAGACGAUGAUGACUUUAAUUCAGGGUCUGGCUCAGGUAAAACGCAUUAACACACCCAUUCACUCCCAGACCUGCAAGCUCAGCAGACAAUUACAAGGAGGCCUUCUGCAUUCGCUCUUAGGUCGGCUGCAGACAAGUUUUAUGAGCGCCGAGUUUUCCUGUCUUUCACUAGCAGCCUGAAGUUGUUCCUUCACUUCCUCUCUCCUUUCAAUUUACGCUCCUCUUUCUCUUUGUUUCUACCUCCUUCUGCCGUCUCCUUCUCUCCUUUCUUUCUUUCUCUUGAUUUGAAUUGAGAUUGCCUUGUCACCCAGACCGCUGUGGGCAAAAGUGCGUAUUUUACAUGUCUUUUUUAUUACCUCCUCUCCUGCACUCGCUUCAAGCACCAUUACAAUGCUCAUGCCUCUGUCAGAGUAACUAUUCUUUCUGAGAGAGUUAUUUAACCGCAGUAAGAAAAGGUUAUUCUAGGUUAAAGGAGACAGGACUGUGAUCAAUAGGUCUUUCAAUACUGUAUAGGUGGCCUAUUACUCUGCUCUGCCACCCUUUAUUCAAGAGGAGAUUCAGCCUGUAAAUAAUAUAUUACAAUCAAAUCCAUAGUGUGAAUUUAAGUAUGACAAACGGCACAUUUAUGCGCAUAAAAUAUUAACAUGUAAGCUAACAUUUGACCUUGAAGGCUACAUGAUAUUUAUUCAUCUUUUGCGGUUUACAUACAGUAAAUUAAAGCUAAUAGAGAGGCAUUUUUUCCCCCUCAGGUGGUGGAGAGGAUAUGGUGGAGGAAACAGUGACUGUCAGUGUGGUUUAUAUCGAGCCCAAAGCAGCAGAACCCACCCAGGACUCCACCAAAGACUUCACCCCCAGGGUGGAGACAGCCACGGUUAGACAAAAGGUCGGGGACAUCACACCAAGGAAACCUUUCAGAACAGAGGUAAGAAGAACAGCGAAAUGUUCAUAUUUUCAGCUCCCUAAAAGGAUGUUUAGACACUGCUCAGUAUGACUGUAUAAAACAUGGAUGUAGUCUAAGUCAGUGGUUCUCAACUGGUGGGUCCCACCCCUAAAGUGGGUCAUGGACACAUUCUGGAUGGGUCGCAAACAGCUGGUCAAAAAAGGAAAUAUUUAAUGCACAUCUGAUGUUUGACAUGUCUUUUAUUUUGAAAAAUAGCUUAUUUUGUGCAAUUAGAUAUUUAAUUGAUAUUUGAUAUUUUCUGUCUAUGCAACUUCAGUAGUUGUGGUCUCAGUUCAUGUGCUCUGAAAUGCACUUUACUCAAUAAAACGGGUGUAUUUGUGUCAAAGAUUUGAGUCUAAAUUUGCUUGGUUUGAAUUCUAUAAAAGUGGGUCGUGACUAGAGGACCAUGGGAAAAUUUGGGUCCCAGAGUGAGAUCAGUUGAGAACCACUGGUCUAAGUAAACAUGGCCCAUUUGUCCCGAUCUAAACCGAACUCAGCUCCUCGGUCUGUUUUUAAAUGACCCAAAAUGUCACCAAAUCCCCAGUAAUACCAGAAGCUGUGAGGCUGCUUUCAGGAUAAAGAUCAAGUGCUCACAUCAACUCUCAAUGUUUUCGCUCCAUUGCAAAUUAUGAAGGAUUACAUCUCUCUCGUACAUAAUCACACGUUCUGGACCCAUCCUAGAUCUCAGUCUGCGCCGCACUCUUACUGUACCAGACUGGAUACUACAUCUGUUUGGGAUUAGUCUUUAAGGUCUCUACCCCAUAAGCCAAGCAUACCUGGCCCCAUUCCAUUUUUCUCCUGUGUUACUACUCCUUCAGCCAAAUGUACUGGCCCGGUUCCAUUUUCGUCCUUCGCUCCCUUCUGUUGUGUUUUUGGAAAGAGCGUUGAAAGAAAGGUCUGGAUCCAUUCGGGGUACUUUCCUCUUUUUUCCUAGACUCACAGAGAAACCUCAGGGUCACUGGCUCUGCUUUCAUUGCCUACUUUUCCCGAGCCUCGCACUAAUCUUCUCGGGCAAUCUGGAUUCGUUCCAUUUUCUUCAUUCGCCAGCCUCUAUAGGUUCACUGGCCAGGUUCCAUUUUGUUCCCCAUUCUUCUUUUGACUGGACCUGCUGAGGGGCUUUUUCAGGAGGAGGUUCACUUCAAUAAAUGUUGUAGAUUUUUAGUUUGGAUAUGAAGCUUUAAAGGCAACAACCAAGGAGCAGAUCCUCAUAUAUGCAGACAUUCAGUGACAGCAAAGAGCAAAGAUUGAAGGAAGUCCCUGCUGCUGUCCAAGACAUGCUAGAACCACAAAUUCCAAUUUUUAGUCAAGAGUUUGUGCAUGAGAGAUCAAACAAACUAAAAUCAAAUUUCAAAAGAAAGCUGUAUUCGUCUGGUUAGCAGAAGUCAGAGUCACCAGAGCCCAUCUGUUUCCUUUUGUGCCGUCUUGCUAUGCUAAUAGGCUGUUUGAUUUUCCAUUAAACUGAUAGAUAACAGGUAUCAAAGCUCAUCUGAAUCCUUAAAUCUGGAGCCAAAUUAUUAACAGUCCUGAUUUCAGAGAGAAUCUCAAAACACCAGAGUGAAUGAACUUGUGUUUUUCUUCCUCCUCCUUCCUUCACUUUCCUUAUUCAGGCACCUGUGCCAGUUACAGAGGACAUGCCGAGGAACCCGCUGACUAGUACAACAAGUGCCCCCGGCUCGCCCCAGGAGGCUGUUGAAGUCCGUACUGAAAACCUCUUCCAGAGGACAGAGGUGUUGGCAGGUACGUGUCAAGAUUAACAAAAGCCAUGUCUGUUUUGACGUGGCAGGUUUUCCAUCUUUCCUCACACUCUAAAAACCCCUGGGUUAAAAACAAUCCAAGUUGGGCUGUUUAACCCGACACCAGGGUUGAAAAGGGACGGACUACUUAUUGGUUUAUUUUGACCCAGAAUGUUUGUUUACUCAAAUUAACCCAAUUUUGGGUAGACUCAAUAACACUUUUAAGGGUCAAGUUUACCCAAUCCUCAAGUUAAUUUGACUCAUGCUCUUGGGUUAAACUGGUAGAUGCAUGUGGGAAACUUUUAUUGGGGCCUUUCAUAUACAACCUGUACCUUAUUUUCCCAUGUACUUCUUUAUCUAACUGAUUGUAGGUCAUAGUGCUAAUGGUCUUGCCUAAAGACCCACAUGGGUGGAUGUAGUUCGCUCCUUACACAUGUGUCUCAUGUGGGAUCCAAACCCCAACCUCCUGGUUGGGAACCAGAUGCUCUACCCACUGAGCUACCCCAGUCGCCCAACAUCAUUGCCAUUAGGCGUAGAAACCUCGUAGAGUCAAUCAAACCCAACGUUCUGACCCAAUUAUUGGGUUACUCUCAGAAAAAUAACCUAUAAAUAUUAACCCGAUCAAAAAACCCUCAAACUGGGUUACAAUAGAAACCAUAUAACCCAAGAAAUGGGUAUGGAUCUGAAAAUUAACCCAGAAAUUCAACUCAACACAUUUAACCCAGGAAUUGGGUUGAAGAAAUAACUCGAGUUUUUAGAGUGCAAACUAGCCUAGCCUAAAUUUACAAAGUCUCAUUCACAUCACCCACUGGCUCCUGAAGAUGGCGAGUCGCCACGUUGGAAAUGCUGAAUUCAACUGUUAUGACUGAAUGAGUUAUUUCUCCACUGAUUUUGUCUCAGAUCUGAUUUUUAAAUCAUAUUCCUCUGAUUUGUACCCGUCUGAUGCAUCACUCAUCAAGAGUAUUUGCUUUGAAAAUGUGAAAAAUCACUUCCAGCAGCCUGGAGGUGCUCUUUUCACCCUAAUCCUACCCUGUGGCGACACUUUCAGACAUUAAAAAAUGACUGUUCAAAAACAGCCUGUCGUGUUUAAAAUCUGCUAGUUUGUUUUUGUGGGUCAUAAAGAUAAAUCAAUAUUAAUUUGGGCGCUUUUCAUAACCCGUUAAAAAGUCACUGGAGCCUUAAAUGUUUCAGUGCAUAUUUAAGAGCUGUUCAGUUUGAUGCUCCAGUGAAAAUAAGUCUUUGAUGCGUUUGAAAGCGUUUGAUUAAUUUUCUGUCUAAUGUUCUGAUAUAUUACAGCACGCUGGCAUAUUUCUAGUGAAUAGCAAAGUCUUCAAUCUCAGAAAUAUGCUCCAUAAUGUCUCCCACCUGAUCCACUUCUCAAAAUAAUUACUUUUAAUAAACCCCAUCUGCUUCCCUCGCUGGGACCUUGCAGAGUUCACAGCAUUGUGGGUGUUUCGAGUGUGUGUUUCUCACUUUGAGUACAUGAAAGAGGAUGGAAAGGAAAUUAUCGGACUCAGAAUCGCGGCUCUGUCUGGUGCUGUCUCUUUUUUCGCGGCGCGUCUGAGGCAAACACUGAUUGGCACCUCGUUUUCACUUUGUUGUGAUAUCCAUCUGGUGUUGGCAAUAUGCAGAAACAACUUUAACAAGGACGAAGCAGAGAGGCACCCGCUUAAUAAGAACUCCGCUUACAUCUCUCUCUCUCGCUGAUAUUCCUGUUUUAUCUGUGACCUCUGUUUUUGUACAGCGAGAGACACUCUUAGAAAAUGUGAAUUUAUAAACCAUACCUCCAUCACAGUCAGCCACCUGAACUCUCUGCCUCCUCUACCUCGCUCGCUCUCCUUCCUCUUCCAGAUUAUAACCAUUAAUCUUCAUCCCCCGUAAGACUUCCAUAAAAAUAAUUGGCCGUAAUCUAAUUUUCAUUUAUUCACUCUGUAUUGCGUUACUGCUUCUUGGAGCUUAGCAGCAAGGGUGUCUGCCAGGAUUUUUACCCAUGGGGCCAUGGGGCCAGUCAACAUGUGGAAACCUAAAGUGGAGCAGAGGCCCAAUUGCAGCACCAGAAGGGAGUCUAACCAGAUUAGGAAGCUAUAAAGGACCUCAUACAGGCAUAAUUGGGAGGGAGAAUGAAAUAAGCCCAUGUGGCGAGUUAUGAGUAUUAGUGAGCCGGUCCAGGGUCAAAGCUGGAGGAUUCUCAGCUCAGCCUGGGCGGAUUUUAUUCAGAAUCCCCCUGAUAUUUUACCUCUUUUGGUCUUGGGGUUACUUAUCUACUUUGCACAAAGUUUGACUUUCGAUAUCCCCGCCUGUUUUUCCGUCUCUUCAGUUACCGUCUAACCCCGUUUUCAGGAAUGUGUGCAAUGAAGUCCAGCAAGGAUACCUUCAGGAUAUUUUGUUGUUGCAGAUCCUGCAGAGAGGAAUUAAAAUAGAAGGUUUCUUCUCACCCUCUGGAGUUAGAUGUGUCGUCUUUUGCUAAGACGUUUCAUUUUCAUCUCAUUCUUGCAAGUACAAGACAACAAAGUGGGAUAAGAUUUUCCAUCAUAAAACAAUGUUAGUUACUGUACAGAACAAGAUCAGAAAAGAGAGUAAAGGUGCUACUUUAAGGGGCGCGGAAAUGGACACAAAGAAAAGUUACUUUUACACCGGGAGUGUUUUUUUCGUGCGAUUUUUUUCGGACGUCAUUUUUUUUUUUUUUCGAACCCGUAUCCUGUCAAUACAAGUGUUCACAUGCUAUCAUGACAGACAGCCAUCUCAACACUAGUGUCUAAUCAGAACUGGUGUUGUGUCAGUCUUCUCGCUUCCACCCGGGACACGUCUUUUUUCCCAGCGGAAAGUCGCAAAAUCGCAUCGGGCUUUAUAUGUAUAGUCAGGCGCGUCAAAAUUCGCCGCCAAAUGUUUUGUAAUUUCGUGGCGUAUAUUUGCGCCGUUCCCGGUGUGUAAGGACAUUGAGGUGUCCUUAAUAACAUACUAAAAGUGUACCGAAGUUUGACCGCUAGAAAGGUGUCUUUUUCAAGAUGGCGUAAAUGAUGGGUAUGAAGCCCGCAAGGACAAACCCUGGUAAAUCGGGUAAAAUUUUUAACUAACAGAUAUCACCAUGAAACUUCCCAAGUUUAUAACUUACAUUAAGAAAAAUAUUUUUUGUAUUACAAGUUUUGUCAAAUGUUAUGUUUGAAUGUGAAAAUGAGGUAAUAUCUAAUAAUAUAUAUGCACUAUUUUGCCUACAUUUCCAUAACCAAAAAAAUGAACAUUUGAUAUCUCUUUUUAUCACUCUAUAAAUGAGAAAAUACUGUCACCACCCCUAAAACUUCAAAUGUCCCCUCCUCGCCCUUUUUUGGGGUCAAGUCAUAUUUGCACCUGACUAUUUAGGGGCUCAUUGGUUGGGUCAUGAAAUAUGUUCUCUCUGUGACGUAUAAUUAUAGUGGUGUGAUAAAGCUGCUAAAAUCACCUCUAAGUGGAGAGUAAUUUCACAGAAUAGAGUCUGAGUAUCGGUUCAUAAGUGUUUCUAUCUUUAGGACACACUAAAGGUCUCUUUCUCUGCAGGGAGGACAGCAGACAUCGAUUUCCCUCUCUGAGCAUUGAUUCUUACCUGUCCUCUCUGUCUCUGCUGUUACCAGCUGUUAUCGCCGGCGGUGUCAUCGGCUUCCUGUUUGCCAUCUUCCUCAUCCUCCUCCUGGUCUACCGCAUGAGGAAGAAGGAUGAGGGCAGCUACGACCUGGGAGAGAGGAAACCCUCCGGGGCGGCCUACCAGAAGGCCCCGACUAAGGAGUUUUAUGCAUAAAGAGCCCGCCCUCCCCGUCAUCAGAACGACACACCGCGACCGCGACUGUCACAAAGCGCAGUCCACGACGACGGCGAAACUUGUUCACACCCAACAAGGAAACGUUUUCGAGUGAGGAAAAUAGCAUAAAGGAAAGCUUUUGCAUAGAGUAUUGUAAUUAAGACCUUUUCUUUCUUUCUUUUUUAAAAAAAUGAAAACCAAGCAUUUCUCAUUUUAUGGCAAAUCUCAGUGUAUUUAAACAUUUUGUGUAUUAUUUGAAAAGGAUGAAAAAAAAGAAAAAAAAAACAGGAUCUGUAAAGGCGAGGAAACUAAUCGCAUCUGUCUUCUGUCAAAGGAGCUGUUUUUAGUCGCUGACUACUUUUAACUGUAGCAGUAUGUUAUUUGUAAAGAAAAAAAAUUUAAAGUGGAAAUAAUUGAGUAUAAUUAUUCUGUAUCAAUCCUUUAUUUUCCUUUUUUUCUUUUUAUUUUGUCCUAGCAUGUCUGAUGUUGAUCUCUAAAGGUGUAUAACAUUAAUUUAUCUUUUCUCUGAUGUUAAAAAAAUGCCUUUGUAGUUCGGAUGAAGCUCUUUUGUCUUCAUAUAACGCUGUUAAUGGUCAAUGUAAAUGUUCUCCCAUCAGGUUACAAUGUUUAUCAUUUGCUCUCACAUCUUUUCUUUUCUCUGGUCAAACGUGAGCAUCAUUAUGUCUUUGUUUUUUUCUUUUCUUUUUGUUUGUUUUAUGUUUGUUUGUUCUCGACUCACUUUCUUUCCGACAGCGUUUUAAUUGCAGGUCUUUAAAAGAUGAAAAUAAGCAUGUCAGGGCUCAAGAAAAAUCACAAGUCUGACUUCUGUUUUAUGUCUAGCUGAUUCUUAGUUUCUAUUUAAACCCAUUCUUGAUCACGUCUUGCACAUUCACAGCUUUGGCUUCCCCACUGCUUUUGCGAGUAUGUCGAGUGUUUUGGGGUGUUUUCAGCCCAUAGCCACCUUCUCCCCAAUGCGUCCCCUGACAGGACCCAAACUCUGCUAGCACCCGUUCACCCUUACAUUUCCUCCUCCCUCUCUCUGUUUACCCUAACUUCCCUCACUCCCACCUUCUAUUUUAAAUCAGAUUGGAGCACCGCCAGUUUAGUUUUCAACCCCCCCACCAGCUCUCCCUUUCAGCUGUAUGGAGCCACCCGGGUAGCCUGGUGUUUUUUGUCCCUGAUCUGCAAACUCAAUGGCCCGCUUCUGCUUGGAUGCAAACACACCAGGCCGGGGCUGAGUCCCCACAUGCAGAGCACAUACCUCUGUAGUAAACACCAUCAGAGUCCCCCCUUUAGAAACCUAGUUUCCGUCAGAGGGAUUUUAAAGGCUGCACAGUUAAUGUGAAACUCGGUGUUACCUCUGAGUAAACUCUGAUAUGACAGUCACAUUGAGGGCUAUUUUUUAAGCUGCGAGCUCAACCAUUUUAAAAGUGAUGAGACGAGGUUGUUUACUAGGUUUAAAAUCUAUGAAAGGUGUUGUUGUUUCGAUGCCAUUUUGCAUCCCUAAAUGAGGCCACAAAAACGGCUGUUACAAAAAAGUCAAGUAGCUCUAUUGAGUGAUAACUUAGUUAUGUCACAUGACGGGAAGUUACUGUCUCCUCCUGUUCUUCUUUUUUUUAUAUUCUAACUCCAUAAACUUGCUCUGAAGAGAGAGAAAAAUGUCAGGCGGGUUUAUAAAUUGCCUUUUCAGCAGAGUAGUUGUGUAAAGUAGAGGCAGUCACAUGUUCUUAUACCACCCUGCCAUGUAGCCCCUCUUCUGUUCUUUUAAUCUCUCUGUGGUCCUUUUAUCGUCCACUUCCAUCCUCUCUGCCCUCUCUCUAUUGUCCUCUCUUGUCAUAGGACUUAAGGUACUGAAGUAUACUGAAAAACCCAAAGACUCACAGUAUUUCUACUCCUACCACCAUCCCCUCCACCAUGGCCACAUCAUGUUGUUUCCUCAUCCUCUUUUUUUAUUUUUUUGCCCUUUUAGGUUUUUUUUUUUUCUCUCCAUUAGAGACCUGACCUUUGAGUCCAAUUGCUUAUUAGUAUAUGGAAAGAUAUAUAAAUAUAUAUAAAUGUAUAUUCACAAAUGUUUUAAACCUUCAAAGUGCCUACCAUUUGGAAAUGUACUUGCUCACGGUGAGCAUGUGGCAGGUUUGUACACAUAAGAGAGGUGUAAACGACUUGACUGGCAUUCUGUGAGCAUGGAUGACUGUAAUGGUAACUUUUUUUUAGUCUUACAAAAGCUGACAGUAUUGUACCUAUAAGUUGAAACAACACUACUGAAUAAACAUUGUGGCCUAAUAUCCAAUUGC